GCUUCGGGUUUUGGGGGAGGGUAGUGAACAGCUUGGAGAGGAGCCGCUGCUGUCGCCGUCGCCACCGGGGUUCGGACGGGCGGGAUUGGCCCCCGGUGUCGCCGGGCGGGAGCCCUCGCCUGCCUUCGGAGCCAGGCCAGCGAUUGCUCGGUAGAAGCGUGGUAUUCGGCCAGGGGAUCAGGUCCAGCGUUGGGAGGAGGCUCCAUCCUCCUCGCCCCCCCUCUCCGCAGGUUAGGGGGGACCAGCGAGCAAGCGGGCGACAGCCGAGGAACAAAGGUAACGUAGCCCCGGGGAAGAUCUCCCUGGCCCCGGAGGCCUCGGGUGGCCGGCGGGGUCGCUCCGUGCAGGCGAGAGCCUUUUGCAGGGGCCAUGGGGGGAAAGAGAGAAAGGGGGGAAGGAGCGCUCCUGGUUUGUUGUUUUUCUCCUUGUUGAGGCUGCGGCGGGACUCGCCGAUCGCCCCCCUCCCUCCUCUCCCGAAUCCGAAAUAUUUGGGUCCCUCGGAGGACGGAGCCGGGCAAGCGGGGUGGGAGGAUACUGGUCCGGGAGCCGCCUUUGGAGGAGGCGAGAUGGAGGCAAGGCGUCCCUUGUUUCUCCUUCGCUGACCGUCGCUUUCCUGGAUUCCUCGAUCGCUGACCAGCUCUGAGCAGGGGAGCUGCGGCUGUUGCCGAAACUCCUGCCGCGGAGUCAGCAUUGGGGGGGGGCACGGAGAGAGAGAGGGACAUCGAGACAGGUUGCUGGGAGAUCUUUUGGGGAGCCGCUUUUCUUUAAACGGCAUGGGGAGGAGCCCCCCCCCCAUUCCACUCUUCGCUCCUUGUCCAAGUACAAUGGAGAAGCCUCCCCUCCCGCAGGGAAGAGAGUGAGUGUGUGUGUGUCUGCAUGGACGAGAAAGCGCCUCUCCGUCCUGGCUGGACACCCCGCAACCUGCCUCUCUCGUCUCCCUUAUUCAGCAACACCCCCUCCCCACUUUUUUGUUUGUGGGGGGGAGACUGCUAGGGGUGUAGGAGCCGCUCCCAGAGAGCCGAAGGCGAAGGGCUCGUUCCCCCUCAGGCGGUACCCGGAGAGGGGGAGCGGACGUAGAGGAGGAGGGACGGGGACGGAGCGGGGGGGGGGGUGUUAAGAAGCGGUUGUUGUUGUGGCAAGUUUCUCCUCUGACAGAAAUGGCGUCAAAGGCAGCGAGUGAGGGGGAAGCCGAGCCGCCGUGUGUGAGGCUCCGAGAGGAAGCGGGAGCUGGAGCGGCGAGGUCGUGGUUUGUGGCGGUGGAGAAAAGAGGGGCCUGCGUAGAGGGAAUAGGAGAGGCAGGGGGUGAGGGAGGGGGGAGUAUUGGGGGGGGGGAGAAGCUCGUGCAGAAAUGCUUCCCUCGCGGACCGCGGAAAAGGGGUGGUGCGGUGGCUUAGUGCUUUGUUUUAAAUUUCAGGUCCAGCCUCGGCAGCUCAACCUCUUUCGGGUUUUUCUACUGCAGCCUGAGUUCAUCAUGAAGGUAAAAGCACUAAUGGGGCGGGCGGGGGGGCGGGGGGUGAGGAACCGGCGGAGGGUUAUGUCUGCCUCGGUGCGAGGACUGGAGCCGAUUCCAGACCUCGACUGCAGGCUGUUUUCUGCCCUCCGGCUACUGUGUGUUGGUUCGGUUUUGGUAAACCCUCCGUGAACUGUGCUGAGAGCAUAAUAUAAAUCUGGUAUGCUGGAGUUUUUCUGCAACACCCUUUCCGUGGGGAUUGAGGACAUGUCUGCCUGGGCCAGCCCUUGGUAGUUUGGUGGAGGAAUAGGGGGCAUUUGCUCUCCAUCGGAAAGUAUGAAGUGGGGCGGGAAGCUCCACUAAGCAGUUGUAUUUAAUCAGUUGGGGUUAAACAAUAGAUUCAGUUUACUUUUAUCGUACGAGCCCCGUUGAAUUGAUAUUUGUGGGCUGCUUGAAGGGGUAUGUUUGGGAGGGAAUAGCUGCAGCAAAAAAAUUGCUGCAAGAUGCAGAAAGAAAUUUAAAACAGCCUUUCACUGUUGGAUGCAGUAAGUGUUUGCAUGACAUGUGCCCCUUAACUGAAAGGCGCUGACAGCUGGUGGUCAGUGUCUUAAAGAGAAUGUGAUGGAAAAAAUAUUAAUAAUGCGUUCCUUAUUUUUAAAUCUGUACUGUCCACGAACACAGAACCUGGUGUAGCAUAUUAUCUAAACAUCCAGAACAAGCCCCUUAUCAAAGGCCAAAUCUGGCUUUCAAGGCUUUACAAACCUGUUAGAGGCACUUACUGAAUAACUGAAAAUGGAAUAUUGCACAGUACUUGAAUAAUAAGUACUACCUACCAUAUUUGUUAUUAAAUGUUGUAAGCUACUUCCUCUGUUGAAUAAGGCCUUUCUUGAGGGAUGUGGAAAGCUACAUCAGCAGUGCCAGAAACACUAACUUAAAAUCAAAUGUUUCAUACAAUUUAAAUUGGAAAUAAGCUCCAUGGCUGUCUUCUCUUGAUAAAAUAGUUGUUUUUCAGAGAAUUGGUGAGUUGAUUCCAAAUCUGUUUUUUUACAUUAAGAUUUCUUUUGAUAAUGAAAGUGAAAGAAUAGUUUUUUUCAUCUAAAGACUAUUUGUUUUAAAAAUAUGCAGCACUCAUUCUUCUUUAUAUAUGCAAGUCUUAUGUCAGAUGAAAGAUUCAUGAUCAGAUAUUGUGAUUAUAGCAAGCCAUGGAGUUCUGAAGUAUGGAACUAUGCAGUUCACAUGUUGUUGAAAAUGUAAGAAAUGUAGUGCAGUCUUCACUCUGUAACAACUUAAAACCCUGUCGGUGUUAAAUAUAAACACUUUCGAAAGUGCUGAGUGCUUUUUUUCAGUUUCUUACGAUAUGUGUGUAAAAUGAAAGUUACAGUGUAUUUCAUACUUCAGAAUGGAUAUAGUCAGGCAUUUAGCAUUUUAGUACCAUAACAUUAUAGUUUUGGUAAUAUCAAUCUUGGCACAGCCUGAUUCUGUACGUGCUUGCUCUCUCUGUAUUGGCCAAUGCUUUUAGCAUCUAAAAACUUGUCUGGAAUAUAUAUGUUUACUCACUGUGUUUCACUGUGUUCAGCAGAGCUUAAUCCCAAAUAAAUGUUCAUAGGAUUGGUUUGAAAGAGUUGAAAUAAAAUAGAUCACUCUGUUAUAAAGAGGUUCAGAUGUUAUUUAAAAAAAAUCAUGACCGGAACCUACUUUUUGGAAAAUGCCCACUUUGCUUCCUCCCUGAUUCUCAUAUGAGUUUCUUAAGAGGUUGAAGUAACUUCUGCCCUUUUGUGAAAGUAUAGUUUGGCUAAAACAAAAAGCUGCAAACUUUUGCCACUCCAUUGAGAGGACUAGCUGCCGUAUGGCUUUGGUCGCUGACAGCUGUAGUAUAAGAGAGCGAAUAGUUUGUUCAUUCAGUAUGCUGUGGCAGCAUUGAAUUCUGCAUAUCCUGCUUCAGACCUCAUUCUGUUGCAUGUCAGAGCUUUGAUUAAUAGUUGUGAUACAUGUGCACAGAAGGAAAAAUAAAGAGCUGGCUAGUCAGGAGCUCACCCCGUAGCAUGUUUAGCGCUGUGACUCAUCUCCUUUUUGCCCUGUACUGUGGAAGAAGUUGCCAGGCUCUGUGGUAUAUAUCCUCUAGUACCUUUUCUUCUGUUUCACUGUGUCACAAUUUAACUGUCUGCCUUUUUGCAAAUGGCUAGCAUAUUGUUUAAAAUUUCAGCUCUAAACUUUUAGAAAAGAACUCAUUGUUUCCCUUUAUAUCAUGUUUAAAGAAUGUUUUAUAGUAUACCUUUACUACUGUAAGGGUAACACUAACUAGAAUAAUAGGUCAGUAAGCAAGGGUGGUUGUUUUUCUGCUUGUGUUAAUUCAAUGUUUUAUUAGAAUGAAUGUGAUCUGUAAAGUAAUGUUGAAGGUAGUGCUUCAGUGGAUAAAAGUAAGCAGUGAAAUUUUUAAUUGUGUGAUAGAGCUCUACAGAGGUACUUCUGAGGAACUGAAAUUAUUUUUAGAACAAAUGCCACAAGCUCUGACUGAUGGGGCUACUGGCUGUUCCCUUAAGUGAAGGAGGCAGUGUUGUCUUUUUUGGUUCAUGUUCAAGGGUAUCAGUCUGGAAACUCCCAUUUCUGUUCCCAGCUUGCUGUUUUGCUAUUGCUUGAAGUUGCACAAGUGCUGCAGCCCUUAUUGGCAACCUGAUGAUAAAUAUAAUUUGACUUGAACACGCUUGAAUCUAGGCAUCGUAAAGUAGGUAAAAAUAUAGUUUCACAUUCCUGCUUAUGGCUUAGUAAGUUGCCUUUAUUAUUAAGGUUUAUUGAUACUCCCUAGGAGCAUCUGUAUGAAUUCCAAGACAAUUAGUUCCUUUGUGUGAAUGAAUGCAUGGUAUCAAAACUCAUAUAUUAUAGGUUUGUGAUCAACUGAAAAUCCUGAAACAGUGGAUGUGCAAAUAUGUGUUAAAUAUAUCUUACCCCAUUUUAAUCACAUAGUGCUCUUAAUAACUACAUAUUGAUUAGCACAGUAUGCCAGUGGACAGCAUGAAAAACUGUAGUAAUUUAUUUGUUAUGGGAAUUAUUAUAUAUUUCCUUUGGCCUUCACAGUAUGUAUGAUGGGAAUUAUUACACAUUUCCCUCGACUUCACAAAUAGCCACUCAUGCUAAAUUAUAAGUGUACUUCAAUAGAACAACUCUUAUUGAUGAAUAUAUUAACUAUCUAAUAUCAGAGGCAGUGCUUGCAACAUAUAUUCCACUAUAGGAGGCAUUUGAUAGAAGCAGCAGUCUUCAGUCUUUGAGUCAAAUUUUUAUAAGGUUUGGUUCAUUAUAUGCAGCUUUCCAGUAUAAAAACUAAUACAGUAUAAAUGCAUUGUUGGGUUUCUGAUUCCUCCAUAAAUGUCUAUUGAUAGCCACUUGUGCCCCAUCUUCUUUUAGAAAAUGUUAGGAAAUUUCAUAUGUCUGGCAUGUGGAAGAGGAUGUGUGCGAUGGGAACAUUUUUUUAUAUCUGGUGGCAGUGUAUAUUCAUUCAGACAUUCUGGGUUGCAGUCGUCAUAGAGACAGAUAAAGCCACCAAUCAGAUAAUUAAUCUAGAUCCAUAUAUAGACAAUCAGUCUAUAAAUUUUAAAAAUAAAAUAAAAAUUGGUUACUAACAUGGAACAUGGAUGUGAUCUGCUACUGACAUAUGAGUCAGCUGUAUCAGGAAGCUUUUAAUGUGUGAUCUUUUGUUGUGUUCUCGUAUAUUCUGUUGAGAGUAGCUGGGGCAACCCAGUCAGAUGGGCGGGGUACAAUUUUUUUGUAGUAGUAGUAGUAGAAAACAACUUUGGAUAAUCUGCAAAUCUGAUGGAUAGCACAGUGAAUGAAUUGAUGAAUGCUUUAUGCUCUUGAUCCUAUUGUUAUUGCUGCUUUCUUUUUUAUAUCUGAAAGGCACAUAAUAGACACAUAAAAAUAAAACAUAAAGUACUAAGGACAAAUGGACAUGUGCUGUUGCUCUUGUCUUAAAAUUUAGUCAUUAAAGGUGUAUACACUGGCUAUGUGGCACAGGUUGUGUGAAAUAUCUUUAAUCCUGCUUGUGAAGAGUGUAUGCUAACAUUUAUUUAGUUUAUAUAUACACUCCUUCUCUUUACCAAUUCCCUGCUCAAUUAUUUUUUUAUUAUUAUAAAAAAUGACCUCUGCCACCAUGCAAAUCACUGAUGUAAUGAAUAAGAGAGGCUGUAAUUGUUUUCAGUGCUGUCUUUUUGUAAUAUAAUACUAUGAAGGAAUAUCAGCCAUUUGUGGUGGUGUUUCUACACAAACAGCCUGAAGACAAAUACUGUAGUACUAUCAUGCAUUGGUUGAGAGCUCAAUUGUUCUUGCAGACAAUGUGCUGUAACCUAGUUAAGAAUGUAGUAAUGUUUUACUUUUCUUGCCAGGAUUAGAAUAGGAAUGCUUUUAAGAGUACAUGCACUACAAGUAAGUUAAAGCAGGAAGGAAGGAAAUACUUAUGGGAUGUUUAUCUCUAGAACUGAUUGUUAGAGUAUGUAAACAAGCAUUUCUUUAAAGAAAUGCUACUUUCAUAACCUAUCUAACCUGCCAUUGCCCUAUUUUUUUCUCUCCACCCCCUUCCAUCUUCUUACAUAACUCUAAUGCAAUAACAGAAACAAAAUACUUACACAAAGCUAUUGUGUGCUAUUUUAUAAGGUCUGUUGCUUUACAAAGAAUAAUCCAAGAGAUCUGCUUUAAUUGCAAAACACUGUGAUGAAGAAAUGUUUGAAAUAAUUUUGUUUAGUUUGUUUGCUACUAGGAGUUCAUGAAUCUGUUUGUGGUUGCCACCACCACAUGCUUUCUUGAGACCAGUGGCAAUUGCAGAGAACUCAUAGAAGUGAAAGUUGUUUGCCCUUGCAGUAGACUUCAGUGGAUGGUACGAACAGUAUCUUGACUGCUGUUACCUUAUACAGUGAUCCAGUGGAAUGCGAGAGAAACUUCUCUUCUGUAUGCUGGGAUUAUUUAGGAGAGGUCAUUAGCAGCAUAGCUUCCAGAAAGAUCCCAAGUCCCCCAAGUUAUCUAUACAGUAGACAAAAACUCUUUUCCUCCAUGCUGACUUUGGUUGAGAAAUAGUGGCUGGCCCAAGGUCACCUAGUGAGCUUCAUGACUGAGUGGGGAUUUGAACCCUGAAUUCCCAUGUCCUAGUCCAACACACUGUACCACACUAUACCACUCUGGCUUCCUAGAGUACUUCUGCUGUGGGGCAGCUAUAUAAAUUAAGCAGGUAAAUAAAUACGGGGAAAGCAAAAUAUCACUUAGAGAAGGAUAUGAAAUAUUUUCUUGGAAGCUUGAUUUUGUUUUAUUCUGGAUUGUUUUAUUUGAUGUUUUAAUGUGUUGGAACCUGCUUUGAGAUUUUUUUUCUUUAAAACAUAGAGUGGUGUAGAAAUGAAUAAUAAUAAUAAUAAUAAUAAUAAUAUAAAUUUCAUUGCAAAAAAAAAAGGUGCCUGGACUAAUGUUGUAGCACCAUAACCUAGGUUUAAGGUGUGCCAUUUGGAGAUUAGCUUAUACAGUCAUACCUUGGGUUAAAGUUGCUUCAGGUUAAAUCUUUUCAAGUUGUGUCCUGCGGCAAACUGGAAGUAACGGAACGGGUUACUUUCGGGUUUCGCUGCUUGCGCAGACGCUCAGAAUGAAUUCACACGCAUGCACAGACACGGCGAAUCGCGACACGCAGACGCGGGUUGCGUUCUGCUCAUGAUGUAAACGGGGCUCCAGAACGGAUCCCGUUCGUAUCCAGAGGUACCACUGUAUACCUGAGUUUCUAACAUUGCAGGUGGCUGCAGAGGGGAGGAAGAAUUGGUGAAAAUUGCAUCCCUGCCCUCUUCCUCUUGUGUGAGUGGAACUCCCAUGAGGGCAAUUCUGGAGUCAACUGAGUAAGUUUAGUUUAUAGGAAAGUGAGUCAUUAAACUUCUUUUAAAAUUUCAAAUUGUUAAAGGGUUGAGUAGAGAAGUUGUUACCGUAUUUCUGUUUUUUUAUUCUACAGAAGAAACUAACAAGAAAUAGACAACUGGUUUAUCCCAGUUAAAUAAGAGACAUUGUUUUGAUGUUGUGUGGGUUUAUAGAUAAAUAUAUAUAUAUAUAGAGAGAGAGAGAGAGAGAGAGAGCUAUGUAAUACAAUAAAAUAGAGAUGGGGAAACUGCAGUCCUUCAGGAAGUGUUGGACCCCAGCUCUCAUCAUUUCUAUCUUCUGGUCAGAAGGAGAAAAUGUCUUAGUAAUGUUUGGAACUUAGCAAGAGAAUCCAGAGUGACAGAUGUAGCAGGUAUCUUGUCUGUGAAUUUAAACAAAAUGAUAGAUUGCCAUAAAAUACAAAACCAGGAAAAUGUUUUUGUGCCUUAUUUUCCCUUUAUAUUUGGACAAUGAUAUGCUAACACUUUCUUCUUGGAAGUGUCAUUUUCCCUAGGAGAAAAACAACUGAAUUUGAAUAUGGAUGCAGUUAUUUUGCAUAUUCAUGGUUCCUUGAAACAUAUUUUGUCCCCGCAUAGUUCAGACUAGGGCUUCCAUUGGGAUACCACAAAUAAUACUUGUAUAGUGUGAGACUACUUUGUUUGAAAACAUACAUGUGUAAUGCAGCCUGUGCAAUGUUAGCAGUGUACUAGCACUGUCUUGUUACAUGCUGAAGCAUGUAAGGAUUUUGCAGAACAAAUCUGACAAACUUUAAGUUUAAAUUUAGAUGCAGAUAUUUCAAAUUCAUACACCAUAUAACUGCUUCCUAUGAACCCAGAUAGUGUGUAGAAUUACCAGGUCAUAACUUUUAAAGAAAAGGCUGGUGCCAUGCUGUUUUUAUUGUAAUUAUCUGUACGUUUUAAAAUAGAUCAUAUAGAUAGUUUCAAUUUUAUUAAUGUUUAUUUUUUUAAAUUAAUGCUUUUCCCUAGGUUUUUAGCUAUUUUUAUCCUGUCUGUAAGCCGCCUUGAGUCCAUGUCUCCUGCCUUUUCCCCUGACAUGGACUCAAGGUGGCUUACACAUAAGAUAAAAAUAACUAAAAACCUUGGGGGAAAGCAAUCAUUUAAAUAACCACCUGUAAUAACAACAACCUGGAGAACUUCCUUUUCAGAGGCCCAUAAAUUACCUUACUACAUUGAACAUUCCUCUCCCCUCUGGCGACCUCUCAAACUUGUAGCUGGGGAGGCGGGCGGGAGAUUAGCUCUGCCGCUACACAGUACUUCAGAAGUGCUUCAAGUGGCUCUGAAGCACAGUAUGACAAAGAUGAGCUACCACUUCCAUUCUGAGCUGGAGAGUGGAGUGGUUCCUGACCUAUAAUGUCCGCAGAAUCUUGUUGGCUUCUAAGGCCAGCAUGACCAGUAUUCUAGCAGUCUCACUCUGUAAAUCAUCAGUAACAAACAAAGAACUAAUAGGGAGUAAUCCAUUCAAACCCCACUUCUGGCAGUAAAUGUCUUCAAUUAAUGAAGAAACAAAGGGACACCCCAAGGGUCUCAUUCAAAGUUAGUCCCUAACAUGUUCACAAUUAAUUACCAGUUGAGCAGUAUAGUUUAGUAAAUGGUAUACGGUUAUUAGUGAUAAGUUAGCGUUAAACUUACUGCUAUGAAAAUAUGUCCAAUGUUUUCCUAACAAUUCACAGGUUUGCAACUCUGGGGAUACUGAAAAACGAAUAAAAUUGCAAGUUGCUGGGUAAUAUCCAAUUGUGUCUGUCUACUAGUGAAACUGACAUCUACUUUUCCUUCAUCUCUUCUACCUGCAACCCACCAAAUCUACUUUGAAGAGUUGAAGGACUUUAGAGCAGAUUUGGUGGGAUGUGGGGGUAGCGAGGUAGGGAAAAUCCACUUGUGCAACAUUAAAUAUCACCCUCAGAAAUAUCAACCCUACAGUUUAUCUCAGAAGAGGCUGACAUGCAUGUCUAAGAAUUAGUGGGCCUAGAAUUUUGUGUCAGAUUUAAAAGGUGCUAAAUCUAAGCCCUUAUUGCAGAGGAACCAUCAGGAGCACAUCCUAAGGCUGCUGGUAGUUCCUUUGCAGCCAUAGUUUUACCUGCUGCAUCAGAUGCCAGGCAGGUGGGCAUGGUUGGGGGGAAAACAGCCUCAUUGUGGCAGAGGUUCCCCAUCUGUUCUGUACUUUGCUUGCAGGUACGAUAGGUUAAUCCUAUAGUUUUGUCUUUUGACCUGUUCAGUGUUGUCUCACAAGCUUAAAACCCACUGCUGGCCUUGGUCUUAGGAUUUUGCUCUCUAAUGGCUUUCUGUAAAUUAGAUCUUUCUCUAUCAGAACAUGGACUUGUUUUCUCAGCAGUGAAACAUAUUACAUUAUCCUUUGAUGGCAAUAAUAAAUAACAGUCACUUUGCUUGUAGGCAAGUAGUGCACUUAAAGUUGUAGUAGUGGUCUCUGGUACGAGUUUAUUCUUUCUGGCAUGGCAACUGCUAUCUUUAACCUUUCUCUUGUCACCUUUUAUAUAUUGAAUUUUCUCCCUUGGGGCAUUUGUAGUUCUUAUAUUUGCCCCUCUUUUAUUAAAUUGUUUAAAGUUCCUUUUGAAUUUCCCUUUUGAUCUAUUGUAUUCCUUUGAUUCUUUUCCCUGUUGUUUAGUUUCUCUUCUUUUUCAUUCUGUGUAAAAUCACUCAACAAGUGUAAAGUUUUAUCCCUCCAAUCAUGUCCCUCUUUUCUCACGUUCUCUAGAUCAUGAGCAGGAACCUGUGCCUUGAAAUAUUGUACAGUGCCUAGUUAACUUAAAAUCAUUACUUAAAAUGAUGAAGAAGCUGUCUAGUGUAAAUUAUAUACUGUUGCAAUUAGGAGAAGUGGAACUCAAUUUUUCUUAGAACGUUUGUUCCUUUAUUCCUUGCAAAGAUAGAGACCAAAGCCAGCUGCUACAGUGUCUGUCCUUUAUGUAUUGGCCUGGCUUCUAAAUCUAGGCUAUACAGUUCCGGAAACAGAAAAUAUCUAAGCAGGGUUCACCCAUGCUUUUCUUUAAAAGCAAUAAUGCCAAAACCCUAUCACCAGGGUUGUAUUAAACUGAUUUGGCAUGAUAAGUGGCUAGAAUCACAUUAUCGGAAGAUUAUUCUUUUUCUUGAAUGUGUAUGAUUAAUUCAGUUAAUUGUAAAUAAUUGUUCAGAUCAGUUUUUUUUUUAUUUAAUGAACCAACCCAGACCCUGUGUUUGUCCUCUGAGUCCCUUCUCAAUGUGUCCUCUCUGAGAAAGGAGUAGAGGGUGGGAACAUGAGAACAGGCCUUUUCAGUGGUGGCUCCGCACUUGUGGAAUGCUCUUUCAAGGGAGGCGUGCCUGGCACCAUCACUAUCUAUUUUCAGGUGCCAGGCAAAAACAUUUCCUAUUAUCCAGGUUGUUAGCCCUUAGUCUGGAGUAGUUCAGGUAUUUAUGGCAACUCAUGUAUGUAUAGUGGUUCUUAUUCUUUUCUGGCUUCUAUACUUCAUUUUAAUGAAUGUACUAGGUUUUUAAGUUGUUUUGGGUUACUUUUGUGAAAAAGCAACUAAUAAAUUCAAUCCAAUAAUGAGAAAUAAUAGUAAUACUGAUAAUAUAAAAUUAACUCAUUUUACCAUUCUCAGAGCACCUUAUGCACCACUUACUCAUUUUUCAGCUUUUCUAUAGCCAUUGUUGGUACAUCGUGGGAUUCUUGCUAGCAUAUUCAUAUCCCAUAUGAAUUUUAACACUUGCUGGAGCGUGCACACAUAAAUAGUGAUCGUCUUGUUGUACAAAGAAUGUAACAGCUUUUCAGGUUAUAUAACUUUUCUACAAAGAUUUCAUGUUUGGUUAACUGUCUUGCAUGAUUUGCUUUAGCUAGGAAGUGCAGUGUCUGUAGGUAUUCAAAAAUAACUUACCUUGCAGUUUCCUCUUUAAUCUCCACCUAAGAUAGUACAGUUUAUCAAGUUUUUGUAUCUACCAGGGCCACUUAGUUCUCAUAUGAUAAACAUACAUGCACAAAAAGGUAGAAUCAUAUCACAUGUGAACAUCCUGGAUUCAAAUAACUUUUGUUUCAUCUAAGAUACUUAGUAAUAUUGCAGAUAAAAUAUGUUGUAAGGCAAACAUACUCCAUCUUCUCUGUAGGAAAUAUUUUAUGAAGGUACAUUCCUGUUCUAACUUCCUGUAUUGUGGAUCUGGUACUUUAAACCAGAAUGUAAUGAAACAUAAAUUGCAAGCAUGAGGACCUAAUGUUAAAUACACGACACUGUAUUUCAAUUAAGUUUCAAUUAAAUAGAAUAAUUCACAGUUUUUUCUGUGAAUUCUAGGGGUAUUUUUCUAACCCUAGAGAAAAAUUAAUAACAUUAUGUUCCAUAGUGUUUGGAAGCUAACUUAAUUCUGUGUUAUACUAAUUUAAAAACUGUUAGAUUAUUUUAAAGCAUAACUACAAUACUUAGACUUGUAUAUCCCUAAAUUGUUCAAGGCAAUGUCUAGUUUCAAUUUUUUGUUAUUGUAAAUGUUUUAUGUGACUGUAUUGUUGGCAAUGCUUAUGCUAUCUACACAACUUCUGAUUCUGUCAUUUGGUCUGUUAAACUACUGGAGGUCCAAUAUGUAAUAUGUAAGGAACAGCUUUGGCACAUGCCUUUGCCCAGUUUAAAUUGUUUGUAAUGAUUGAAGCCGGUUUCCUCUCGCCCAUCUUGCACUUGUCAUCCAGUUACGUAUUUCUUCCACCCCCCGCCCCUCACAUCAGAUUAUUCCAUUCAGAUAAACCCUCAUACCCGUUAAGUGCCUGUAACAAAUUACACUUCUUUUGAAGUGUACAAUUUCAAGAGCUUUUACCCAUACCUUCAGUUAGUAGCACAAAUUUAGAUACUCCUGUUUCAUAAACCAGAUAAUUUGCUAAUCACAAGUAAUUAAAAGAAUUUUCAAAUUCUCCCAGUUAUUAACAGGUAUACUACAUGGCAUAUUUAAUGGUGAGUUGAAAAAAAAUACUCUGGGAGAAUUUGCAAAUAUAAAAUACACACAAGAAACAAGUAUUCCCAUUGUUUCCAAAAUACCCUGAUCUAAUGAAGAAUUUAUCCAAUCACCGAAAAGUUCUUGAAACAACUUACAGCUAAAAGCAGCAAAAUAUUAAUAUCAUCGGGAGGAGAAAAGCACAUUUAAUAGGAGUACUUCUAGUGAUACAGCAACACAAUAUGGAUUAAUUUAAAUUUGAUCCUUCCACAAAGGGAAAAGGAAGGAGCCCUUUUGCAAUAUGAUUACUUUCCUGGGACAAAUCUAAGAUCUGUUUGCAAUAGCCUGGGUGCCAGGAUAGUGCCUGACAUCUCCACCACCUGGGGAUCAUUGGAUUUGGACUGUUUUCAAACACAUCCUAUGGAAUUAUAUCAGUUACAUUUUACCUGUUCAAUUGGAAUGAAUUUUUGUAAUCAAAUUGCUUUUUCUGUAGCCUGAGCAGGAGCAGUCACCAUUAAAAAAAGAGGUCAGAGUAGGUCAAAAUAUAUGUGGACUGUCCCUGGAUCAAGUGACUUUAAGUUCUCAAAGCUCUUUAUCUAGCUCAAAGUUGUCGUCUGAACUAGCCAGAUGCUUAACUGAGAAUCAAUCACAGUCAGACUUUAGAGCAUGGGUAGGCAAACUAAGGCCUGGGGGCCGGAUCCAGCCCAAUCUCCUUCUAAAUCCGGCCCGUGGAUGGUCCGGGAAUCAACGUGUUUUUACAUGAGUAGAAUGUGUCCUUUUAUUUAAAAUGCAUCUCUGGGUUAUUUGUGGGGCCUGCCUGGUGUUUUUACAUGAGUAGAAUGUGUGCUUUUAUUUAAAAUGCAUCUCUGGGUGAUCUGUGGGGCAUAGGAAUUCGUUCAUCCCCCCCCCCCAAAAUAUAGUUUGUCCUCCCACAAGGUCUGAGAGACAGUGGACCGGCCCCCUGCUGAAAAAGUUUGCUGACACCUGCUUUAGAGCCUUCUUGCCCCAAAAUGGCAACUAGACAUUCCAUUUUGGCGACUACAAUGCUUUACGAACCCAUUUGGUGCCUAGCUUAUGUAUCUGAGUUUCUAACACUAGGUGCAUUAAUGUUGAGUAAUAAACAGUCCUAGUGAGGAGGAGGAAAAGGAACUCUCUGUAAGGUCAAGCAUGGGGAAAGAAAGGGUCUGAUGGACCAGUUGCAAGAAUUAUCCACUGGCCCCUUGGGCUGAUAAUAUCCACUGUUGCUAUUCCUUCUUAUAAGAUUAGGUGUAGCAAAAUCUGACUUUAUUUAUUUAUUAAAAUAUAUAUUGCUAUUCAUUUUAAAAAAAUAGUAGUUUACAACAAAUAUAUUUAUGAUGUGGCUUUUGGGUAUUCUAAUGUAAGUUGGUUCUGUUGUAAGGUUUUAGUCUACUGUAUUAGGUGCCUUGAGCAUCUCUGGGUAGGAAAGCAGAAUAUAAAUCCGUAUUUUUCGCUCUAUAAGACGCACCAGACCACAAGACGCACCUAGUUUUUGGAGGAGGAAAACAAGAAAAAAAAAUAUUCUGUAUCUCAGAAGCCAGAACAGCAAGAGGGAUUGCUGCACAGUGAAAGCAGCAAUCCCUCUUGCUGUUCUGGCUUCUGUGAUAGCUGCGCAGCCUGCAUUCGCUCCAUAAGACGCGCACACAUUUUAGGAGGGAAAAGGUGAGUCUUAUAGAGCAAAAAAUAUGGUAACUAACAAAGUUUAUGCAGUGAAGAGAACCUUUAUGGGCUUUAUAUUAGUGGCCCAUAGUGAAGCAAAUCCUUCUGAGAAAUUAGUUCUAGUACAUACCUUCUUUCCUUGUUCAUAGUUGACAGAUUUUUUUUUUCCUUUUCAGAGGAAGAACUGAACAAGGUGGAAAGCUAGGCUACAGUCAUUUAAUAUUACAAGGGAGGGACAAGUGGUGCAAAGAUUACAAUGGUAUAGAAAUUUUAGUAGGGGACAGUUUUGCUCAACUGAAAUCUCUAGCAGUAUUGUAAUAUUACCACUACAUAAAUUUACAGGAAGACCAAUUUGUACAACUCUAAUAAUCCCGUUUCCACUGUGCAGCUAAAACUCAUUAAGAACUUGAGUGAACUGCCUAGCUUGAUAUCAUCCAUAGUAUUUUAAGUUCGCAAGUAAUGCAGUUAACAUUGCAGAUGCUUGCAGAGGUUAAACGAUUCACACACUUGAGACACUAUGGGGAUUCAGUUUGUGUGUCAUUCUGUCACGUUUUUGUGGAACAAUGUAUUUAUUCCUUCAUAUUUCAAGCAUUUUAAAGUGUUUUAAUGCUGUCUUUUAUACUGCUGUAACCCACUCUGGAAGCUUCUCAUGAAGGGAUGGUAAUAAACCUAAAAAUAAUAAUACUGCCAUGUUUGUCGUCUUGGGAUCUUUUGUGAGGAAGGAUGGGGAAUAAAUUUAAUUAAUAAAUAGGUUUUUAAUAGGGCAGAUGAAGAAAAAGACAUUGUUUUAUGUACUUUCCUUGUUUGAAACUGUUUAGUCUUUCAUGAUAUGACCCAGCUAGUAGAAUCAAGAUGAAAUGUUUAAUGGUGUCGCAUCUUGCAGCUUCUCCCAGCUGCUUAGCUACAAAUGGUAAAAAUGUUGGGUAGGUGUGUUAGCAAGCAAGAUAUGAGAAGAAAGAAUGGGAUUGUUUAUUAGUGCUUGUGUGUGACAUAUGGGAUGCUGAGAAGGCACAAAUAUCUGUUUUUCUUGCUUUUAUAUGUUUUUAUACUGUUUUAUUGGUUUUUGGUUGUAUUUUUCUUUUAAUGAAUAUUGUUUUUAUGUACUACAUAGUGUGCACUGCUUAGAGAUUUUUGAAAUAUUAAGUGGUUUAGAAAUGCAUUCAAAUAAAAUAAAUAUUAAGAGCUAAGAUCAAGGGGGAGGGACUGGGAGUUAGACAAAUAAUGUGCUUACUAUCUAUUCUUCCAUGGAGGUUUUUACAUAGGAAACACCUGUGUAAGGAGGGAACCCAUGAGAAUUUGUUCCUGGACCCACUCAGACAUAAUUACUGAUGAUAAAGCAAGCCUGCUCCACUAUUCUGUUGAAGACAGCUGUGGCUUCACAGCAGCUGGCUCAUCUCCAUGUUACUUUUGAUUUGUUCUGGAAGCUGGAAAAGUCUGGUGCAGUUUCUCAAAAUGCUUUGGGAAGUUGAAAGGAGUUGAAGGUUGGUACAUGAGGGAGCAGGAGUGUAGCUUGGGAAAGUUGAAAGCCAAACCUCUGGAAAGGCCCUAGAAGCCUGAUUGUUAGGCUAACUAGAAUGCCAGCAUAUUGGCAGAUUGGAGAGCCAUUCUGUAUUGUACGGAGGCUAGACACUGCAGUGGCCCUGAGCAGAAACCACAGCGCACACAACAAUAAAUUCAUGUAGGCCUGGGUAAUAACCCUGUGAUCAGCUAGCCAAUCCUAAAUGUUGCGAGAACGCACAACUCCCAGCAGCCCCAGCAAGCUUGGCCAAUGGGAGUUGCAGCUCAAGAACAUCUGGAUUGCCAAAGUUUUCCCACAUCUGCACAAUGUAAUAGUCAAACUGUAAAUCAGUAAUAGAAGCAAAUAUCUAUGGACAUGUUCUAACCAAGGGUGGACACUUCCAAGUUCAACUUAUUUCAAGGAAAGCAAUUUGGGUCCAAUGCAGAUUUAUCAAGCCAUGAGCCAGCUUCAAAAAUGUGUGCAUAUUCUCCUUCUUCCCUUCUCUUUCUGGAGUGAAUUCCUCCCUUCCCUCCUUUAUUUGCUCUAAACAUGGUUUAGAUUCAUCAGCUGGUGACAACCAUAGUUAAGGCUAAUCAACUUUGAUAUAGAGCAAGGGUUACAAACAAAUUCUGGUUUAGAGAAUCCUAGUUAUCAUGGCCAUGGCUAAUAGUGAUACAGAUGUGCUAAAUCAUGGUUGAGGCAAGUACAGUGGUACCUCGGGUUAAGUACUUAAUUCGUUCCGGAGGUCUGUUCUUAACCUGAAACUGUUCUUAACCUGGAGCACCACUUUAGCUAAUGGGGCCUCCUACUGCCGCUGCGCUGCCGGAGCACGAUUUCUGUUCUCAUCCUGAAGCAAAGUUCUUAACCUGAAGCACUAUUUUUGGGUUAGCGGAGUCUGUAACCCAAAGCGUAUGUAACCUGAAGCGUAUGUAACCUGAGGUACCACUGUACAGGAAGAGAGGGCUGUAUUUGCUCCAAAGUAGGCAAGUAGGUCUUAUAAGCAUGCCUUAGACUGGUUUCCUGUUUGUAGGGAGCCAUCAUUACAUCGGCAUUGGACUAUAACCUUGUGCUAAACUUUUUCAGUCACAACAGACAACUCUUUAUCUCAGUGAUCAAUAAGCCUGUCUGUAUAACACAUCAGCCAUAGACCCAUCAGAAGGAUCUGAGUCCCAGUGUGAUACCAGAAAUUCUACAUAGACGGUGCUGAGGACACUAUCUCCAACAUGUUUUGAUUGGUGCCUUUGUGAAGGAAUUGAAAAAAACUGAAAAAGUAUCAGGCAGCAUUCCUACAACCUAGGCCUCCUUCUCCAAAGCACAACACCAUAGCCACACAACCACAGCAAUAGAGGAAAGAGAGAUACACAGUGAGUUCUUUGGAGUCUCCCAAGAGCCCAGUCAAUUUCAUGCUCCUUUCAUCUCCCCACCCUGUGUGCAUAACCCUGAGGAAUACCAGCCAUAGAGACCUGAAGAGGGACCAUAUGGGGAAGCUAUUGCCCCAUGAAAAAGUGCAGGCUUCACAUACAAGAGGAGGCAGGUGUGGUAGCCAGUUACAGUGACUGAUGAAUAGCCCAUUAGACUUUCUCAGGUAACUGCAGGCAUACCCAUGCCCCAAGGUGUCUUGGCAGUGCUAGUUUCCACAAUAAUAGCACAUUCACCAUGCUGGCAGUAUCUGUGAGUUAUUAUCAUGACAUGGAGCUAUUUCCAUAUACCUGAUGAGUCCACCUGGCUACUUAGGCUAUUUACCCAUUGAAGGAGAUAAUGUAGUAAUUAAAUCACCUAUAUAGUGUAGUGGAUUGUAAUUAACUCUAUCCAGUUUGUCUGUUCUGUUCCACAUGCUAUAGCUCUUAUCCUGCAAAGAAAAGGAGCCAUUAGUGCUUGGCUAGAAGUAGUAGUAGAUGGAAGUGUUCACCAGUAAAAGUACUUGGGCUCCCCACAGUGUUCCCUGGCGCAGUGUGAAAGAGUGGGUUGGUUGGCUCUCCUUCAGCACAUGUGUCACAUUUUUUAUCCCUUGUUUAAGUGAUACACUGUGGUUUAAACCACUGAGCCUAUUGGGCUUGCCAAUCAGAAGGUCAGUGGUUUGAAUCCGUGUGACCGAGUGAGCUCCUGUUGCUCUGUCCCAGCUUCUGCCAACCUAGCAGUUUGAAAGCAUACUAGUGCAAGUAGAGAAAUAGGUACAGCUGUGGCGGGAAGGUAAAUGGCAUUUCCAUGUGCUCUGGCCUCUGUCACGAUGUUCCCUUGUGCCAGAAGCAGUUUAGUCAUGCUGGCCACAUGACCUGGAAAGCUGUCUGUGGACAAACGGCUCCCUCAGCCUGAAGUGAGAUGAGCACUGCACCCCAUAGUCGCCUUUGACUGGACUUAACCGUCCACAGGUCCUUUACCUUUACAAUCUGUUGAGUUUCAUUUGUUAAGCAAGAACACAAUAGUGGAAGGAGAAACAAUGUGUGUCCAUGAAUAUUUGAUUUUUUUUGCAUACCUAUCUCCCUUCUGGGGAACAGGACAGGAGAGUGUGCAGGAAUACUCAUUUGAGCAGGUCUGGCCUGAAUCCUUUGGGCGCCUCAAGCAAGAUUUGCUACUGAGGCAACCUCAUCCAUGCCCCAUGGGGUGGGAGGAGACCAGUGGCAAAGCACUGGGGAACACCCCCUUUUCUCCAAGAGUCUUGAUGAAAGGGAGUGUUCCUCAAGGUAUUGCUCCUGUUCUCCUUAUCUUUGGCUUUCGGCUGUUUCUUUGGCUUACCUGUAUUGGAAGCCACUGUUGCCAGGGCCAGAUUGGGAUCUUCCACCCCCUAUGGAGCAUGCCACCUGAGCGGGUUGUCUCGGGUCACUUCAUUGGUGCGCCCACGUGGCACACAUUUCUAACCACUUUCCUCACCUCAGAAUUUGCUGCCUGAGGCAGCAGACUCAUGGUAUGGCCCAACGUCCUGUAAGCCACCCUCCCUUGCUUACCUUUUGUAGGGUUCCUUGCACUUGCAGCCCUGGGUACAACAGCAGAUUUCUCAUAGUUGUUUGUAUUGUAUCUGGGAUCCUUUGGCAGGGUGCCCAUAACAGGUUUUCAGAAGACUGUUCUUCAUCCACUCAUUACCUUUUUUAUCGUUGCUGUUGUUUCUCCUAGGCUGCUAGGUGUUGGUUGGUUGUACACAGUUAUCACUGUCUGCUUUUUCUAAAGACAAUUAUAUAGUCCUAUGCUACAUUUUGAUAUCUGAGUUGUUCCCUUUGUGAAGCCUACACUUGAUGCAGUGUGUCAAUUGCUACUGAGUUAGGCUGUAACCCUAAACUGUGACUGACAACAGCAAGGCUUUAGGAGUGGAGCAGUCAACACUACAACCACAACCCAACCAUUUGUGCUGGCCAAGGCAGAAGAGUGAGGGGACAGGAAAGUAUAAUAUUUGUGCUAUUUUUUAAAGUAGAAAAAGGUCAUUAGGCAUGUCCAUGGUUCUUUUAAUUACUGUAUUUUUUUACAGAUGUGUUGUGUUUUUGCCUGCUCCUUUAAUGGUGUUGGAAUUGUUUUAUAUUUUUAACUGUAUUGAAUCAUGUCCUGGGAACAUAUGGUUAAAAUAUUCAUUUGUUCAAAAAAGGACCAUAUUCUGAAUUGUGUGUGAGUAUACACGUGAAGUUACAAAUCACAGUUUUGUAAUUCAUACUUUUUUCAUUUGCUUGAACUUAUUUUAUACUCACAAUUUUGUCAUUCUAGCACAUAGAAUAACGUGUGUAAUACAUAGCAGUAAUUAUAUAUUAUUUCAGAAAUGCUAAGCGUUGCAAAAAAAUGGGCAAAACUGCUGAAAACAGUAGUACAAAAUGCAGUGAUACUGAUGGUCCCAUUUUAAGCUGCUUCCCAUGCUGCAGAGGAAUAAACACCCAUGCAGUGGUGUCCAAACUUUUUUCAAAGAGGGCCAGAUUUGAUGAAGUGAAAGGCCAUGGGGGCCGACUAAAGGGCCAACCAAAGUUGUUGACCUUUUUUUAGGAUUAAAGUUGAGCUUUUUUAGGGUUGGAGUUAUUAUUCUUUUGGGGUUGGAGUUGUUAAGGUUGUUGUUGGGUUUUUUUUUAGGAUUUUAGCCCAGGUAAUAAACUGCCACAGGGGCCAGAUUAAACUGACCGACGGGCUGGAUUAGGCCCCUGAAACAGACUUUGGACAUGCCUGCUUUAGGGAAAGAAACCAUGUGUGUGAAUACAUUUGGUUAUGAAUGGCUUUCUCUUGCUUCUUGACCAAUUUUUAGAAUACAUGGAGGUGGCAGUUGUAUUGAAGUAAACAGUAACUUUUGUACAUAUUUAUUGUUACAUGCUUGUUUUUUGUUAGAAAAGGUAAUGUGAAGUUGUUCUUAGUCUGGAAUUAUUUCUGUUGUAUCUUCGUAAUUUGUUUUGAUCACACUAAAGUCUACUCAACAUAUAGAUAGGAUUAUGCAAUCCACAGUUAGUUCAGGCUGGCCACUUCCCUUGCUCUUGCCAUGGACCUUGGAGCCAGGAGGACAAGGAGAGAGAGAGGCCCAGGAGCACAAUUGUGGUUGUGUGGGGAAAGAAGUUAGAAGUGGCCGGCUUUGUUGGAAUCCUCUCUCCCUUUGCAUAAAGUUAAUGGCAAAAAAAUAAAUGUCAAUUUGAGUUAAUUGAGAAUCCAAGAAGGCUAUCUCCACCCAUCCUUCUUUACCCACCUGAAGCCACAGUAGAGCUUCGCAUAACAACUAAUAGUGGCCAGGGACCAUCCAGGACCCAGGAGUGCACUAAUCCAAGUUUAGAUAGCAACAGUCACCUCUUUGGGCUCUGCUCCUAUUUUUUUUUUGAACAAAGACCACAAGAGGUUGUGCAUAGUCCAGUGGGCCUGUUGCUGAGAUUCUCAGUUCAACUAGAACUCUCCAAGAUGAAGUGAAGGAGGCUUACGGUGGUGGACAGGGAAAGCUCUAGCAUAUAUGUUGGUGAUAAUCAAAACACAUGCUACUCACUAGCAUAUUGAUAGCAUACCCCACUCUAACCCAAAUAAAAUAAUCUUGUUGACUUUCAGAAGAAACCCAAACCCCAUACCCUUAUACAAGGACAAAGGCACAUUACUCAUAGUCUGUGUUAAUGAAGUGAAAAAAGAAGCCUGUGUGCAUUUUCUAAAGACUUUCAAGCUUGACCUCUUUUAUCGGCAAAGCAAGAUUAUUUUGCUGAAAACAGUUUGAAUGGGCAGAAACAUCCUGUGGCUUGGAUUUCUUCCUUGUGGCAUGACAUUGAAUUAAUUACACUCAGGAUGUCCCAGGAAUUCUCUACCCUUGUCUUUGUCAUGAAAUGUUACUCAGGUACCUGACUGGACCCUCUCUGAAAACAUCCUUUAACAUUGUUUUUUCUGUAGCUGGGGGCAUGAGUUAUCCCCACUGGAUUCAGGCUUCCCCACUCAGACUGAUCCUUGCUCCUCUACAUGCCAGUCUCUUACUCAGGAGGCUGCCACACAAGUUCAGCUGUCUUGGAGCACUCCUGGAAAGUCUUUUCCAAUCUCUCUUUUAGUAUUCUUUUAGUCGCCUUGCCUCAAUGGACCGCAGAAGCUUGCUCCUUUUUGCUAGAUUCCUUACCUCUUACACCCUUGCCAAUUGCCUCCAAACCAUGUUUGUUAUUUUGUUUCACUGAUAUUAAUGAACCUCUGUACAAAGGCACCAGCCAGUGUCUUUAUAAAAGAAGGUGAGUGAGUUGGGCUCAUGGGCUACAUUAUUCACCACUCCAUCACAGCCUGAGCCUUAUCAGAGAGAAGGAGCAUUUCCCACAACAUGCAUAAAGCAAUCAUGAAGGAAGUGUGAUUACCCUUGUGCCCUUUUGUGGAAGGAUCCCCUCCCAUCACAAAGAAAACUCAGUAAAUUUGAGAUAAGCAUUACCUUCUCAUCCCCUCCUCCCCUGCAUCUCAGCUUUCCUACUCUUCUCUGUUCUUCACAUUUCUCUGAUCUUAAGAGAGAGGACAGCUACUAACCUUUUUCGUUGUUGUCAUUGUUCCUGGCUCUUUCUCUUUCCCCAUAGUAAAGUUCAGCUUCACUUUUACUCUUUCCCCUUCAUCUUGGUGAUUAAGCCAUGGGUAGGCAAACAAAGCCCGGGGGCUGGAUCCGGCCCAAUCGCCUUCUAAAUCCAGCCCACGGACAGUCCAGGAAUCAGCGUGUUUUUACGUGUGUGCUUCUAUUUAAAAUGCAUCUAUUACGUGUGUGCUUCUAUUUAAAAUGCAUCUCUGGGUUAUUUGUGGGGCAUAGGAAUUCGUUCAUUCUCCCCCCCCCCAUAUAGUUUGCCCCCCCCACAAGGUCUGAGGGACAGUGGACCAGCCCCCUGCUGACCCCUGCUAUACUCCAUAUUCAUUUGGCCAUUCAUUGCAAACACCACGUCUUGUUGGAUGCCACCUUUAAUAAGCAAUAGUAGCCACUGGAUUAAGCGAAUGGCCCAAGCAAUAGUUAUUAACUCAUUUCUGUGUUUUCCUAUACUAGAAUUUUAAGCCAGAAAACUGUCUUGUUUAUAAUCAUAUUUGUUUAUAUUGGCAUAUGAUCUUUACAUUUAUUUAUAUUAAUUUAUAAAUAAAUAUUGUAUUUGCAGCUGCAUCAUGUUAAGAAUACUCCAUGCUGAAGCCCCCAAAUUUAAGUCAGUACAAUUCUGUUUGUGUAAGCACACUAUAGUCACCAGUAAGAAAGAUGCAGUUGAAGUACGAGAACUGGGGGAGAAGAGGGUAAGAGGGUGACUAGAGCAAACCUAUCUGGACUGAGCUCAACUGAACACAGGGGGUUGUAUUCCAUAUGAUGCUAAAGUGAAUGUUCUAUCAGCACAAAAGUUUCUGCUUGUGUGACGGAACACUGUCCCCUGCCUUGCCCCUUAAAUCUGUUCUGGAUGUUUCCCCAACCCUCCAGAGCAGAUUUGCAAACUGCACAGGCGGAGAAGAGGGGAGAAUCCCUUUGUGCUAGUCCUUGAGCUUGCACAAAAAGUUGAAUACUUCCCAGAGUUCUAGUUGUUUACUUUUCAUGCAGGUUCAGCUACAGGUGGGAUGAGUUUUUCUGCAUCAAAAAGGGGAGAAGGGGACCUGGUGUCCUAGGAGGACCCAAGUUUUCCCACCAUGAGAGAUAAGUGCAAAGCAGAUAGAAUGAAAGAGAGGUUCCAUGUGCAACAUUUUGGUUGACAUUCCUCACUUUGAUGAAUGCUAAUUAGUAGUGAUAUGUUUACUGGUGUUCAGAGUGCCUCAGGCAUCAAGUUUCCUUCUUCAAAGCUGUAAGAUGGCCAGUUAGUAGAUACACCUUGUAUGGCUUGAUUGCCACAGGAAUCAGGCAGUGAGGCAGACCCCUGCACAUUCCAGUUGUCACCUCUCUGCAUAACUUGUGAGAGUCACUCCUGCUGCAGAUGAUAAGCAAUGAGCUUGCUCUGGUUCCCCUAAUUUCACCUGUUUAGUUCAUUUUUCCAGACAAAAUGGGAUUUCAUUGAAGCAGAUACUGUACUGGCGCAGACUUAAAUUGGCAGCAAGAAUGAACUCCUUGGUAUAACAUCAUAUUAAAAUUACAUUUUUGAGGUGCAUCUCCAGUUGUAUUCCUGUUGUGUAGCCUUAAUCAAAGAGUAGCGACUUUCCCCCCUUAACACCUAAUGUGAAUGCAUGUGUGAAACAUAAUGUAUUACUAAGCCAUGACAGGAGGAUAUGUUGCCUGUUUCACCUUGUCUCUCUUAUGUCAUCUGAAAUGUUAUACCAUGUCAGGUCUUUGAAUGCUUUGGAGAUGACGAUAUGUUUAUACAUGUCUUAGUUUGCAUUCUUAGUUUUGUUGGCAAGUGUGUAUACGGCGUCAAAAAGAAGUUUUUGACACACAUUGUAACCCACAUGAAAUUCAUUUGAAAUUAUUCAGAGGCCGAUUGGACUUCAAUGAAAUGUAUAGUUGCUGGGUCUAGCAGCAUUUGUUUUUCUCCAUAAGCCACAUAUUUUUAUCUGUGUCUUUUUGUGGGAUUUCUUUGGCAGAAACAAUUCCUGGCAUGUUGGAAUGUGAAGGGUUCCUUCUCACCAGCUGAGUCUUUCAGCUGGCUGGGAUCACCAAGUACCGUAGUGGUAAUAAGCCUUAGUAUUCUAAAUCACACCUUUUAGUUAAGAUUUUGAAAAAUAUUUCUUGUAGAUGCUACAUGGGGGGGGUGCGGGAAGACAAUUGUCUUUUAUUUAUUAUGUAUCAAAUGUUUCUGUUGCUGUUCCUUAAUCUUUUGCAUAAUCGUGGAACUCAAAGUACUUUCCUAAAAAGCCAAUAAUUCUCAUUAAACUAGAAGAAUCUUUUUUGGUAGUUAAAGUGGAACACUGUUUGUUAUUGGGAUGAGCUUUCGUGUGCAUGCAACUUUAGUUUUCAUUUCUCUCUAUUCCCAAAUAUAUCUAGUAGGUGGAAUCCAGGCUUACCCUCUAUGAAUAGAAGGACUCAGUGUUAGAAACUGGGGAACGCUAGGAGCCCCGUGGCUCCUGGGACCUAGGUUGUGGGUGGCAAAUGAAAAUGUCUAGGCGUCUUGGGAGGGGAGGCUGCCCCGCUACCAGACCAGGCAGCCUCACGGUGCAAAACAAAAACAAAAAAACAACCCACACCUGCCGGGAGAAUUAGGGUGUCUGCAGGGUAGUGCAGCAGCAAAAUACAUGUGUUGUGCUUUGCUGUGACAUCACACCUCCCUUGUGCAGGUGAGAUAAAGUCUCUAGCUAUAGCAUCGCUGCUAUUCAGUCAUGUCAGGUCUUACACUUUACAAUGUAAAUGCUUGUGGGUGUCAGUUGCACUACAGCAGCCCAGUUGGUAUAAAUUGAUGGUGGAUUGGAUUGGAACCUCAUAUAACAACUUUCAUAAGUCCGAAACAUCUAUGAUGGUUACAGUGUAAUUUUGUAUCACAAGGCUAGGCAAAGUUGGCAUGGUUUUUAUUUGGGCAAAAAAUUGUGACCAGAAAAACCAUGCACGUCUUAGUUCUUGCUUUUCUGGGAUUUUAUUGUUCCAUUUGGAUCUGUUGGGUGUUAGCCAGUGAUGUUGUUUUCCGCUAACACCAGAACUUUUGACUGUGCGGAGGAACUUUCCCUUGCUCUCCUCUUGCACCUCCCCUCCUCCCAAAAAACCUGUUCUGGGGUGUUCCUUCAGUGUUUGAUCCCUGUCUGGGACAGCUGCGUAUUCCUGCAUUGCAGGGGGUGGACUAGAUGAUCCUCAGGAUCCCUUCCAACUCUAUGAUUCUAUGUCUAUGUCUGAACCCUCCAGAGCAGAUUUAGGGAGGAUGUGUGGGAUAUGGAGGGAGAGGAGAUUUGCAUUCUGGUGUGGGGUGUGUGUAGUGUUUGCUGCCUUUUUAUAAACUGCUCAUAGACUGUUCUGGUAUGAAGCAGUAUAUAAAUGUGUUUCAUUGAUAGACUGAUAAUUAAAUUAUCUUCUUUGAUCAGAACUGUUUACACAGAAGGCUGUAGUGUGCUAGCAACUGGUUUUGGGGAAACUGCUCAGUAGCAAAGCAGCACUUCUCCUUCCCUCUCUGCUUUGUGUACUUACACUACAGCUGCAUAAUGCUUAGAAAACGCCUGGUUCUUCAAAGUCAGGAUUGCCAGCAGCAACAGCUGAGCACUAUGAUGAGUGAAGUUCUAGCUCUUUUAAGCUAACAGGCAGAUAACAAAAAUAUUCUGCCAUAGGUAUGCUAAUUAACACAUCUAAUGUGAUUUUUGUUGGAAAAAACAAUGUAAUCACAAGGCCAGCCACAAGUGACACAAUGUAAUUGUCUGAUAAAUAACACUGUGCUAUAUUUCCCAACAGUUGUAUGCAGCUACCAUUUUCUGCACACAACUGGCCCUUUUAUUUCCUGUUUCAAGGAAGGCUAUAUUUUAUACAACACAAUGUACAUCAUUAAUUCUAUAAAGGAUUAUGUUGCACUGUGUUUCAUUUUCAUGUAUAAAAGCUUGGAUAAAAAAUUCAUGUUCAAACUGAGCCCCCACCUUGUAAACAGCCUAAGUUUGGUUGGUUUCCUUGCCAAAUCUAUAGAAAUCUUAAAAGUGGUUUUAAGAAAUGGGAUCAAAUUCUGUUUGUCAAUAUUUUAUAGAAUACUUUAAGCUCAGAAGCUUUAAAAAGGAUAUUGGCCCAAACAAAGAUAUCAAAACCUGGGUUUUACACACCAAAUUAAUGUUUCUUGAUUCCAUCUGAAACAGAUCUAUUCAUCUUACAGUUUAUUAGGGGAGGCACGUUGAUAGCAGAAUUAGUGCCUGUUGAAAUAUUUUUGUGCUCUUGAUAAGUGUAAGAGCCCGAUGCAAAAAAAAGAGCAAAUAGUUUUUGAGAAAAAUAAUUUUACAGCUUAUUCACCAAGUUGAUUCUCACAGUUCCUUGGGGAAAAAAUAGGAGAGGUAGGGAAUGAUUGGUGCAUUUAAAAAGUGCACCAACAUUUCUAGAUUCCUAGGUAAUGGAAACAAACAACUUUUUAGAUUUACACCAUGUCUUACUGCUUUUCCGAUUUAAAAAAAAAUCUGAAAGAUUGUGUGUGCUUUGAAUUAGCAAUAAGCUUAUACAGGAAGCAAAAGUUAUUUGUGACGAGAGGCCUGCACUUUUACUGUUUGGGAAACAGGUGACCCAUGUUGCCUAAAGCAUCUGUCCCUCAGCAGUCUGUGCCUGAAUGUCUAGCCCCUUGCCCAGCAAAGAAGGGCCUUGCUUUGCAGUUUAGAUUUGGAAACUGGCUCCCUGAGGAGUUCCCUGAAGAAUCUGUUGCACCAACAGAAGUUAGGCAGAGCAGGCUGUUCCACCUCUUCCUUGAUGGGUCCUGAUCUAGGGCCUACACCUGCACUAGUUUCCCUCCUCCUGAGUUUAACUUCAGGAAGGGAUACCAUAAGGAGACAGGCAAGUGUCUGGCUCACUGCUGGUUCAGGGCUUUGAGCCUGGUUUAUUCAUGCCUGAGAGCCAGCUGUGUAUUUAUGGUGUCUGCCACCUCUGGGCAGAAGAAGAGAAGAGCGCUUGCAGUUCAGCCCAUAAAGUACAGCCUAAGAGCCUGGGAGCACCUUCCUCUUUGUUCUUCCUUGUGUGCUUGUGCAUAUCUUGCUGCCUCCCUCUCCCUCUCCUUCUCCAGCCGCUGUGUGAGCUCUGAGUGCUGCCCCUGUCAUUGCUGCCCUUGGAUCCCUGCACUAAUGUUAGUUAGGGGCUUAGAGACACACAGGAAGCAGCCAUAGACACCACCUCACCAGCCCUCAUUAUUGACACCUCAUAUGAUCACACACUGUCCCAUUAGAUCCAUUUCUGUUGAAAAAUAUUGCGGCUGGGGGCAAGACAGGUGCACAGCUACUGUAGGUGUGGGAGUGGGAGUGGGGAGAAAAGGCAGGGGAAAUGGGGGGAGCAGCUCUGAUUAGCUCUAGGAAAAGCAGCUUCUCAACAUGCACACAGCUGGUUCAGCAGGGCAGCCAUAUAUAUUUGAUUCCCCAUUAAACCAAAGAGGAUAAAUUUGAAAGGGGGGGGAUGCCCAAGAGGAAACAGGAGCAGCCAAGCUUGUCUCUUCACAUAAGUGCUCCUUCUCCCCCCCCCCCCUGCACCUAUUUCUCCCAUCUCUGCCUGCCUCCUUCCCUUCUUCAGUCUAUUCUGUUGUUUUCUGCGUUAGUUUAGGGUUACAGAGGUAAAACCAACAAAGGCACAGCCUGGGUUAUUCCACUUACCGUAUUUUUCGCUCCACAGGGCGCACCGGACCAUAGGGCACAACUAGUUUUUAGGGGGGCAAAUAAAGAAAAUCCCCCCCAGCCCCAAAGAGCAAAGAAGCCGAGACAGCCAGCGGGAUCUAUUCCUCUUUAGCCACGCACAACCUCUCCAGCUGGGAGAGGCUGCACGUGGCUUCGUUUUUAGCCGUGGGGCUGGGGUGGGGGAAGCCCUAGCUUCCCCCGACCCCAGCCCCCAGAACAGGUCCGGGAGCGGAGGCAAGGUUGCGCAGCCUUGCCUCCGCUCCCAGAGCUUGCGGGCUGGGGGAGUGCUCCGAAGUUUUGCGGAUAGCUGCCUGAAGCCCGGGAAGCGCAGUGGGAGUUGGUGCGCACCGACCCCUCUUGCUCUCCAGGCUUCAGCGUAAGCCUGCAUUCGCUCCAUAGGAUGCACACACAUUUCCCCUUCAUUUUUGGAGGGGGAAAAGUGCAUCCUAUGGAGCGAAAAAUACGGUAGGUCUGAGCUAAGGCAUCCAUGUUGUUGGUAUAUAGCCUUAUGCCCUUUUAAUAUUUUUUCCGCCUAUUCACCCUCACCCACGUGUGUGUGUCUCCCCUCUCUUUCCUCCCCUUUCUGGUAAUUGUGCAUUUGGGAACAUAAAUGGAUUUCUCUUUCAAGACUGGGCAGAGGGUUCUUUUUUGAUUUCAGUGAGGAGGUCAGCAUCCAAGAGGGUUGAAGUUAGUUCAAUUUAAACACUGGCUCCCCAAAUUUGCCCUGAUUUCCCUACCAUAAAUAUGUCUCUGCUAGGAGCCUGGGAUAAAGGAUGGGAUUCUGGAACUGGAUUGGGGGUCCAGGCAAAUGGUAUGGUUUCUUCUUGUUCCUUGGAUGAGGGCAGAGGGAGUUCUCGUAGGUCUUCAGGGGUUGUGGGGGGUCUUCUCUGAAUCAGGGGCUUCAUAGCGUUUCUAUUGUUAAGGAAAAUUCUGGGCUGAGAGACUACUCAACAGCCCAGCUCAUUGGGGUGCGAGUCCAUGCGGUCAGUAAAAGAAUGAAAUUCCAGCCAAGCAAUUUGGAGCAAAACAGCAGUCAGUAGACUUAGAUCCUUUAUUGUUGCGCAACAGGUUCAACAGCAGCGAGUGAACCCAGAGCAUGGGGCGACAUUGACUUUUAAAACUUCCCACCAUAUCCCAGAAUACAGUUCACGCAGCAUCAGCAGCAUCUUUACAUCACUGACAUGUCACAAAAGGGGAGGGGUUACACUAGUUUAACCUUGGCAAAAAUGUGCAGACAAGUCCUUGGUACAAGAUUAGCAUAAGGGCAAGACCCAGGUAUAAGAUUAGCAUAGGCAAACACCUCUGAAGUCCCACCACCCAAAGUACAAUAGAACUUCAGAGGCAAGUCUGGUGAUGGGAUUAGGCUUUCCUUGGCCAACAAUCAGCUCGGCAAUUGUCACCACCUGGAGUCCUUUUUUCAAGGGCAAAAUAGCGUUGGAAUGGAAAAAACUGGCAAAGGAGUUGAUUUUAUAUGAUUUUUAAAGCUAGGUUAACUUCCCUGAGCUGUCAAGUUGAAAGGAUACAUUCAGGCAUAAUAUUUGUGACAUUUAACAACUUUAAAGACGUGCCCCCCCUGUAAUUUCUGUAACACUAUUCUAUACCAUCUCUAUGGAAGUUUCCUUGGUCUCAGGGUCAGGAUCUAGAUUAAUAUUGACUGGCUUAGCUAUUUUUGAUGUGAUCAAUGUCUAGCCAAGGCCUAAGCAGGUUAGGUUUCUAGUUGCUUAAACAGGUCCUGUUUGACAAGGAUAGAAGGAGAUGAAAUUUGCCAGGCAUAAUGCUUGGGAACUGAAUGAAUGGAGAACUAUCAUGAGCAUGAUUCAUAAUUUACUUAGAACAAUAUGAGGACUCUUUUUUCAAAAGUUCCAUAUAGAAUCAUAGAAUUGUAGAAUUGGAAGAGACCCUGAGAGCCAUCUAGUCCAAACCCCAUGAUGCAAGAAUCUCAACUAAAUCAUACAUGAAAAAUGGCUAUCCAGCCUCUGCAUAAAAAGUAGAGUACAUCACCUCCUCAGGGCAUCUAUUUCACUGGCAAACAACUCUUAUCAACGGAAAAGGCUUCCUGAUACUUAGCAGGAAUCUCCUUUUUUGUAACUGAAAGCUAUUGGUUUGGGUCCUACCCUCCAGAGCAGACUAAAACAAGCUUGUUCCAUCUUCCAUGUGUCAGAUCUUUAGAUAUUUGAAGAUGGCUAUCAAUUUCAGUAUUCCCAUUGAAAAGUUUCCACUGAAAUUUAGUAGUGGAUUGCUUAUUCUUAUAAGUGUAAUAAUUUUGCCUCUUUUGAAAUAUCAGGGGAGAGAGUAAAAGCCAGUUGCUUUCCUUUUUCUUCUCUUCUAGGCCCUUGAUGAGCCUCCAUAUUUGACAGUGGGCACAGAUGUGAGUGCAAAAUAUAGAGGGGCCUUCUGUGAGGCCAAAAUCAAGACAACAAAAAGACUGGUCAAAGUCAAGGUAUGUAUGUGUGUAAUUUUUCAUUUAAAAAAUAGCAUAUAUUCAGAGCACUCCACAAUGUAUGGGUCUUGAAGUGAGGCAUUUUAAGAGGGAUGAGUUAGUGAAGUACUUCACUAGGACUGAGUGCCCAGUUGUUCUUCCUCUCCAGUAGAUUAACUUCCUAACAGUUUCUAAGAUCACUUUGAGGGAGGGACACAAAUGAUAAGCAGCACCAAAAUGUCAUUAGUGUUGUUUUAAAAGCAACACCAAAAUGUAGACGUUGCAUAAUCAUUUAAUAAUCCUGCUAAAUUUCAUUAUGCCACCAAUAUAUCUGAAAAUAAAGAAAAACUAUAGCCCUCUUCAGGUGUUCUGAUUAGGAUUUGGGGAGGCUACAGGGAUAAGCACACAACAUCUGUUUCCCUCCUUGUUUUGUCACCCUUCACAAGUUGGAAGGCAAAGUUUUGAAGCAGGAAGCCUCAUGUGGUGGAUGUUCCCUGUGUAUUUCAAAACCCUGCUUUUAUAAAAUAAUCAUUUGUAUUAAUGUAAAGUGCUGUUUGUUUUUAAGCAGUUUAGUUAAUCAGUUAAAUCCAAAGCUCCUGCUCAAAACAUUCAAGUUCUAUAGGAUUCAGUUUUCUACAAAUAGACAGUAUAAAUGUAUGUAUCUUCUAUUGUUUGUGUGUAAUACUUCAGUCCUAAGCUAAUGAUGUUAUUACUGAUUACUUUUCUGUGCCGCCCUUCCUUCAAGGAGUUAGGGAAGCAUGCAUGUGGUAAUCUCACAACAAUUGAUUCUGCUUCAUGGCUGAGCAGGAAUAUGAACAAAGGUUUUCUUAGUCCAAGUCCAGCACUGUGUCCUUUGCGUUACGUCUCGUUUUCCUUUAUAAGGUUAAAAAAGCAAAAUAAGUUAAUGGAGAUUAUAAAAUGGGUGGCGCUUCUAAUAUUUUAGAUUUUAGUGGCAAAUAGGGCCAUAAAUAGGGGAGACAUGCUAUAUAUAGUUAUUUGUCUGCUAGUGGCAUAAUUUGCAGCAACUGUAGACUGUCUAAGCUCAAACUCAGAAAUAUCUGUACACCAUGUGGGGAUGUUGAAAACAGAUGUGUCCUUGUUGUGGAAUGCCCUUCUGUUAGAUGUAUGUUUAGUGCCUAUUAUUUUUUCAUUUUGUUGCAAGGUGAAAAAACUAUUCAUUUGACCAGGCAAUUGUAGGAUAUUAGCUUUAUUUAUUGCUGGAAGUUGCAGGCCCACUCUGUCCUUGAAUAAAGGCCUGUAUUUUAAUGAUUUGGGCUUUAAUCAUAUUUGCUCUUAUUAUGAAGUGGAUUUUUAAAAUUGCAAUUUGGAUGAGUUUUAAUUGUAUUGUUCACCACCACAAGAUUGGUUAUAAUGAAGGGUGGCCUAGAAACAUCCUAAAUAAAUAAAUAGUAAAGAUAGCUAUAUGUACACUUGCUCUGCUUUAACAAUCCUUUAAAUUGUGCUUUGCAGGUAACAUUUAGGCAUGAUUCAUCAACUGUGGAAGUUCAGGAUGAUCACAUAAAAGGCCCUUUAAAGGUAAUAUAUUUGAAUGAUUAACCAUGAAUUUUUUCCCCUAACAAAUCAAUAUAUUUACAGUGAUGUAUAUAUAGAUAUAAAGUUAGGUGUAAUUAUUGAAUAAUCCUACUACAUUGCACCACAAUUACCUUGUGAAGAAUGAACAGUUAUUAUUUAAGCAGGAUAGAAUAUAGUUUGCAUAGUAUUAAAAUCUGAGCUGUUCUGAUCGAUAGAAUUUAAGUAGAGUAGCUUGUUUCUGGCAUGAUACGUACAGUGAUAGAACAGAUUCUGCAAAUAAAUGGGUUGGGAUCCAAAGGAUAACGCACAGUGUUCUGGCCUCCCUUUUUCACUGCAGCUUCCUGGGCUCCCCUUCCCCAGCCCAGAAAAGCCACUCCUGAGGGUCAGGGAAAAGUACAGAAUGGUGUGCAAUAUGUGUGCCAGGAACUGACAGCACACAUUGCUAUGCACAUGUGGAAGUGUCUUCUGUUCACUUAUGGGCCUCUUUGGAUCUCGGAUCAAGUGUCCUGUACAGUGUCUUGGCGUAGCUUAUGCCAUUUCUUCUGAUGAAGAAAAAUUUUGGCCAGGUCUAGUAUGCUGUGCGGAGAGUCAUGCAAGGGACCUGUGUUAGUCUUUUUGAAUUUAAGUAUCCCGCACCUCCUUUGAACAGCUGGACCACAUCCCCAUCCCCUAUCACAAACUGCUUUUGAUACACCCGUCAGUUUGAAAAGUGCUUGUCAUGUGGUGCAGGGGCUGCUGUACAAGGACAAAAGUCUUGAACCCCCAUUAAUAGCUAUUAGAUUUUUGACUGAGCAUGUUAAGGAAACAGUGCCUGGCUGGGUAAUUUUUUAGAGUCCAGGACAAUUCUGGUCUGUGGGGGUUGGACUAGAUAACCCAUGUGGUCCUUUCCAACUCUACAAUUCUGUGAUUCUAUGAUUCUUUAAUUAAAAAAAUUUCUUGAAAUUAUUGUAGUGAAUGAAUAAGUGUAGGAAAAUGUGUUGGGAAUGGGUAAUCUUGUGAAUUUUGCCUUGAAGACAAAUGAGCAGGAUACUUAAAUUCCUGUCGGUUUCUCCUCACAGAUCUUUCAUUAAAAUCCAUGUAUUUUUUUCUGUUUUCCAGUUGUUUAGCACAUCUAAAACACAUAGUUUGCAAUUAACUACAUUCAGAACUGCAUGCCUGCAAAUAUUACUUUUUAUGGAAUAUAUAAUGUUGGAUUUGAGAUUAACAAUGAAUUUAUUAUUUUAAGCAGUAUCAAAAUUUUUGUUUUAAUAGGACAGACAUUAACUGCUGCCCACAGUGGCCUUGACCAUAUUGAUGCAGCUGCAUACUUUGCUCACUCCCACAGUUGUUGGAAAGGUUUCCUUAAAUCCAGUAUCUGCCAGCAAAGCUGUUUGUUAGUUGGAAUUGUUGGUUGCUGCUGCAGAGCAGUGAAGAGAGAAGGGAAUUCCUGUUGUUAUCUGCAUGUACUAGGAGGCAGGGGAGCAUUGUGAUCAGCACUGUGGAAGUACACUGUUGCUGACAGGCAAGAGGGGUUGUUAUACUGGCAUUCAGCAACCACACACACACUUUCACAGUGCAGACUGUGAGACCCCUUGCUUCAGCACCAGCUCCUAAUGUUUAUGACAAGAACUAUCCAAUCUGCCCGUCAUCAGCUUCUAGCAAUGCUGCUCAGCUCACUGAUUCACUGGCUGGUGCUGCGUAAACAAGACCAUAUGCCUGGUUCCAACCAGAUGAAUAGUUUAGAGACUUCUCAUAAACUUAAGUACUUUUAUUUAUAUGCUGCCUUUCCAUAGUUAAAGCUAUGCUCAAGGCACCUUACAAUGUAAGAAAAAGACAUAAUCACAAACAAAAGUAGUCAUCCACAAUAAGGAAAAUGCCAAAAAGUACAAAACCAAACUGGAAAAGAUCCGCUUAAAUCAUAGUAUCUAAAACAAAGGUGCAAAAUAAAUAAUAUAAAUAAGAGCAACAAGCCAAUGCAGGAUUUAACUCUGCCUCCUAUCCAUCAGGUGACAUCAGAAAUGAUGUCAGCUUAUGGACAGAUGGACGUGAUUUGGGGGAAAUGGCUUGGUGGGCCAAGCGUGCCAACAGGCUAGAGGUUUCUCAUUCCUACCCUAAAAUAAGCAAGUGUAACCAUUAGACUUUACUGAAAUGGUGUGUGUUUUACUUGCUGAUUCCUUAAGUUGUUGAAUAAAGCUCCGCAGUCACUCGUCUAAUAGUGAAAACAGCACACGGCAGAAAAAUAUUGUUCCUUCUAGAGAACAAUGAAUGGUAACUGCCAUUAAAAUGUAAAAAAAGUGGUAGUCAGUAUGAUGGAGGAAAUGUACCGGUAGUUUCCUUUUUGUUUUCUAUAAUAUUAAUUGCUCCUUUCAUAUGAACUCUCCGGGUAGCAUAAGAAAGGAGACAGAAUGGAAAUAUGGUGGUUAAUUUAAAGAGGCAUGCAGCUUUUUUUUUUAAACAGGAAUAUUUAAAAUAUUGCUUUAGAGAGAAAUGGGUGACUUUCUCACUCUGCCAUCCUCAAAAAACUAAUAGUUAUAAUGAUUAGAGAUUUUUUUUCUUUAAUCAGAGAUUCAGAGAAAUUGAAACAUCAGUGCCUACUUGUUUAGACUUUUAAGACACAGUAGAAAGAAGUUUGUUUUUUGUUUUAGGCAACUAUUCUAGGGAAUAACUUUGACCAUUAGCUCUUGUUCACCAUCUGCUGGCAGUAAGGAAGUAGUAAGUAGGCAGAUCAGCAUUUCUGAAAAGUGCCUUUUAGAAGCAUUUUGGGGUAAAAGUUGGGAAAGCUGUCUUUUUAAAAUAAUUUAGGCAUACCGACUUAUAAAAAAAACUUGUUUCUAAGCAUAAUUUUUGUCUACUCCAGAAUAUCAGUUCUAUGCUAAUUUGAUUGAUUUUCUUUGGCUUAUAGUUCUAUAUACUGAGUUGAAUCCAGAUUUUCCAUGAGUGGAGCUCCACUCAUAAGACAUUUCUGAAGGGGGAAUACAGUUUUCACUGAUUUAUCCUUCCCCUUUCAGCCUCAUAUUCCCCGCCCCCCCGCUCUGCUGGGUUGAAGGACCCUUCAGAAUAGGUAGCACAGGGGACUGCAAGAGGAAAUGGUGAUAAUUAUCUCAUUUCCUUCCUCCAGUGGUGGCUUCCACUAGAUCUUAGUCCCAAAAAGCCCUUCUGUUCACUGGAUCAAACCAAAGGUGGUGUGUCCUAUAAAUAAUAACUUCACUGAAUGUUUGGGCAGUUGUGUUAUACAUUCCAGCCAUGUCUGAGCAGUCACGUUACUAUGUGUUCACUUUGGUGGAAGUCAGUAAUGUAUGUCUCUGUUUUUUCAUGAACUUGUGCCAUAUGCGCUAGUGUUUUUUAAAAUCUGAGUUCCGGAUUAUUGGUUAUAAUAGUUAUGUUUAAAGGUAUAAGAUAACAUCUGGAGGAGAAUUUCAAAACUGCAACUUCUGUAGGCCAGGAUCCAAAGUGUAUUGUGAGUGCACCAUGGCUGUUCAUCUCCCCUGCCCAGGUACUCCUGAAGGUCAGGAGAUCAUCACCCUCCAUAGCAGGUGUGGGCAACCUUUGGUCCUCCCAUUUUUUUUCCUGAAGUCCAACUUCCAUCAUCCCUGGCCAGUGUAACAGGAAGGGCUGCAGCUAGAAAAGAAAACCGACCAUCUACCCCAUUUGCCUAUCUCUUUGCACACAGUUCUCUUUGAAUCUUCAUCAUAGAACAUAUUUUGUCAUUUUUUAAAAAGAUGCCUUCAUAUAGUUUUAUACAUUGCAUGUUCUGAUAUUUUAUAUGUUCUGAUAUUCUUGGUUUGAGUUCUAAAAGGCACCUUCUUGGUACAAAUAGAUAUAUAUUUUGAAGUCUGAAAAGUAAAACCUGACAUACAUUAGAUUGCCUCAGAGACAUGUUAUAAGCCUUGUGUGAAGAUGGUAUGUUUUUCAGAUUUCCCCUUCCCCCGAAAUGCAGCCACACACACUAUAUGUGUAGAUUGGUUUUUGAGAGCAGAAACUGAAUUUAAAAGAAUGAAAAAUGAAAUGUUCAAUAUUUUCUAAUUAUUGCCUUGGAGAUUACCUAAGUGGCUUUUAUGUUUUAGGUAGGAACUGUGGUGGAAGUAAGGAAUCCAGAUGGAACAUAUCAGGAGGCUGUCAUCAACAAAUUAACAGAUGCUAGUUGGUACACUGUAGGUAAGGAAAAACAACUCCAUUUUUCACCAAUCCAAAAAUUACAGGUCAGGAAAAAUAUGUGCUUUUUCUUCCAUAAUAAGUAGUGGAAUUGAGUUCUUGUUUUUUAUAUUUAGUGAGUGUUUUCUUUAAUUGAAAUCUAUAUAUGGCUUCUUAAGAAUAUUCUUGGACUUGCUGCUUGACAACAACAGGCAGUAGGCAUGGAGAUGGGAAUGGGGAAAAUGAAAAAAAUAUGGCAGAAGAAAAUAGAAUAAUGCAGGUUUAUGCAAAUUGGUGGGGGGGUUAGUUUUAGUUUGAGAUUAUUCAACAACGUUUGAAAGGGUCUCCCCCACCUUUUGAAAUUUUAAGAGUGUUCCCUGCCACACAAAAAUACACAGUUUUAGUCAAAUCUAUAAUAUUGAAUAGUAUUUAUACUGCUGUUUUCUGUUACAACCACAACAUGUGGGGAAAGUGUAGAAUUUGACUAAUAACAUGUUCAUAUUAAUUUUCUGUCUAAGAAAGAGGGGGCAAGAAAAAGGGACCAUUUGAUUUUCAAUGAGUCCUGUGGUACCUUAAAAAAGACUAAAGAAUUAACAUAUGAGAAAUCACAGUGUGCCUACUUCUUAGAUGCAGGUUUUUCCGAGCUACAUUUUUGGAGUUGAUUUUAAAUUAGAAUUAAUGAUGAAACUAUAGUUCAGUUGGUAAGCUCAUUCAGGGCCUUCAGAAUGGUGAUUUGUUUCCUCCUCCAACAGCCUACAUGACAAGUAUGUAUCACUUUAAUAGUGAUGCCUACUAAGAAAAGAUAACAUUUCUCAAGAUUCAAAACUUAUUUGCAUGCAUUUCCAGAGUUAAUUAAUAUUUCCAUAAGCCUUGUUCCUUUAUUUAUUUUUUUAUGAGUAAAGUUUUCAGAUUCAUGGAGGGCUGGAUAGGAAAAAUCCAGUAGAUCUUUCUCCUGUAAAACACUGCCUAGCUUCUAGUUUACAGAUUUGAUUUUAAGGCUGCAAUGCAAAGUGUACUUAUUUGAGAGUGAGCUCCACUUGAACUUACUUCUUAGUUUUGAGUAAACAUGCAUACAUUCAUCAUUUGUUUAACAAAGACUUUUCAGUAAGAAGUGCAGCCUUUUGCUUUUAAUUAAAAAUGCAAACAAUAUUACAAAGGCUGCUUUUGCACACAAAUCAGGCAUGAGCUGUGUGCUAGUGCACACAUCCCUAGUGUUCCCAUUUCACUCCUUCUUUCUACAGUAGAUAAACAAAGCACAAACAGUCAAGCUUAGAGGUACAUACAAACCUGGGAUUCUGGUUUGUUUCACUCAGCAAACCAUGAUUGCUGUGCCAACAACAAAGCAUGACCUUCAAGUUAAUUGUUUUGUCUGGCUGAAACACACCAUGAUCCCAGGUGUAGAUUUUACACUGACCAAGCCUAAAUUUGGCUUUUAAUUGAUUUUAUUUGUUUGCAUUUCAUUAUAUUUGUAUAAAGCAAUGAAUGCAUGCAAUAAUAAAUGAAUGUAAUAUAAUAUAAUAUAGCCUGUUGGUUUGUUUAUCCACUUGUGGAAGGGAGAGGCAAAAUGGGAACACUAGGGCUGUAUGCAUGAGCAUGCACCCCAUUCACAGUACUGUGUAAUCGACCAAACCUUAUGGCUUAGAAAUAUGUGCAAACAUAGACUAAUUUUUGGUCUGAAAUAGUAACCCCUCCAAAGAAAAGGAAAGAAGUAUCCAGCAUCUGCUGAUGCUUUUCCUCACUCUUAUUUUCUAUUUCUAUUACUUUUUGGUAUUUAGUCUUUUGCAGUUCAAAAUAGUUUGAAAUGUUAAAACUGAGUGAAUGCAAAAAGGCCGAAGAUUGAAAGGGAAGAUCAAGCUGUACCCUCCAUGUUCACCAGCAGUUUCUUUAGGCUACAAUCCUUCUUGCUCCAGUGGAUUAGUAUACAUAGGAUAACAGAGCAAGCAUUCUCCCACAGGGUGACUGGCUUGGCUUCCUCUGUCUCCACACAUCUUUUUUAGUUUGAUUUCAACAUUUCAAACAAUUAAAAAUUAAGAUUGCAAGAGUUUCAUAUAGAAUGUUUCCCAUUAUUAAAAUUUUGUCCUUUUAUGAAAUAUUGAAUGCCAAAGUACAUCUUAAUGCCUUGACUGACUAAUAUGGGGAAUUAUUAUUAGUGAUGGACAUUGAAAAGAGAAUUUUUAUUUUUCUUCUUCUCAAAAUCUGAUUUUGUCUAGGCAGCUAUUAUUCACGGACAACUUAUGAAAUAUCUGUUCAGUGUGUUAUACAUGUCAACCUUGUAAACAGAAUGCAUUAAGACAGUAGAAAAUGCAGAAACUUGUUGUUAAAGUAUAGUGCAUUUAUAUAAAUUAGUGAUAUUUUGUGUCAUCUACACUUUACACUUCAGUAACUCCCUUUAAGGAUGUAUUAAAAAUAGAGAAGUAUUUAGACACCAGUUUAAAUAAUAGGAUUAUGGGCUCCAUGGAGCAUUAGCUUGAUUUUGGAUGCUGUAAUCUUAUAAAUUGGAAUUGCAGUUUCAAGUUGACAAGUCGUUUAGAAGAAUGUGCUCUUAGAGUACUGUCUAAGUGCAUGAUAUAAAUAUUGGUUGGGAAUUUGUUGAAUGAGCAGAAAGUCCUUUUGUCCAGAAAUAGGCAGGUUGCUGAUCUUUCCUGGAUGCAUCCACUUGUCAAAUUGUGCUCCAGGGGAUCCCUUGACCUUUCAUGAGUUGCUUUUGGGGAAAGGAGGAGGAUUGUAGUAAGGGAGCAGAAAAGCCUGUGAAUCGUAGUCCUUUGGAUCCUGGUCACUUAAUUUGAAUUCUAUAAAAGAUAUUGCCAGAUGACACAAAAAUAUAGGCUAAUAAUUCUUUUAAGCUCUACUACUACAAUUGGUUAUACAAAUAACUAAUGGUUGAGUCCUUAGAAAGUUCAUAAAUUAUGCCUGAUAGAUUGCAAUGAAUUUAUAGUAAUCGGCAAAACCUAUUUAAAAGUGAAAGAGAAUGCCUUGAGUUCUUUGUUGAUUUACUUUAAUAAAUAGCUUGGCCUUCAUCAGUUUAUCACUGAUCAAUCCUCUUAAGAGUAUUAUGCCUUGCAUAGGGGUUGGUUUCAUUAAACAUACAAUUAAAAAUUAUAUAUACACAUGCACAGACACAUUUUUUAAAUUUGUACACUCUGUUCGAUAUAUUCCUGUCAUACUUUGGGUAGAUGCCAAAGCACAUUUAGGAAUAGUUAAUUCUUAGUUACUGUUUAAGUGAAUAGGACUUAAAUUGUACUUGGUCUCUACUGAAUCAACUUUAAGUCAUAAGACAAUAUUUGCUUGUUUUUAAUUGUAAUUGGAUAAAUAGAUUAAUAAUUUGUGUUUCCUUUUUACGUUUGGUAACAGUAUUUGAUGAUGGAGAUGAAAAAACUCUUAGACGUUCUUCGCUUUGCCUGAAAGGAGAGAGACAUUUUGCUGAAAGUGAAGUAAGUAUUUCUGAUUAAAUGAGAAUUAGCUUCUUUUUGUAGAUCCAUGCUAUUCUGAAUUUUAUUUAGUUAUGUUGAAGGAAUCUGGCAUGUUAUCCCACCAAUUAAAGGAAUGUAGUAACAUGGCUUUCUGAAAAUAAUGGAUCAUGAUGUGAGUCUAAGAAAUCAUUACUGCUUAUUGAGGAGACCUUGCUGCUGAAGUCAUAAGCUCAUGCUACCAUGUCUUAAGCCAAAAUACCUUUUACUCCCAGAUUAGUUUUUUGUAGAAUGGAAAGUGGAGCAGAGAAGAUGGGCCAUUUGUACAAUACAAAUUUUAACACAAAAUAUGCUUAAAUAUGUUUGCUUUCAGUGAUGAUAAUGUGUAUGUUAAAUGUAUACAAGCAUUCUUAUGUAAAUCAGACUAAAAACAAAUAGCUAACAUCAGCAUGUCCACAGGACAAAUAAAUUCUGUAACAGGGAACCCAAGCAUUUAAUUAGCUGUGAAAACGUAUAUAAUAUUUACUGCUCUAUCAAGAGAGAAGUUAAUUUCUGGUUAACUUCUUAAGCUAUAGUCUCUCUACACUUUGAUGUGUUUGUGUACACCAUUCUACACCAUGGUAACCUGGUAAGUAACUCCAGAGUCUAUGAAUUUGCAAGUGAAAAUUGCUAACGUGUGGCUACCUCUCCAGAAAAACAAAAAGUGCAUAAGCAACUGAGAACUGUUGCUCUUCACAGUGCAAACUUAUGCAUGUGUACUCAAGAGUAAGUCCCAUUGAGUUCAAUGAGCCUUACUUCCAGGUGAGUGGCUAUGAGUGUAGCCCUUAAGCUAUUCCCAGACUCUAAUUCAAUGCUGUUUAUGCCAUAUUUUGGAAUUUCUGCUGCAAGAGUGAUUUUAAAAAAGGAUGUUGCUGCUGUUUAGCAUAGUGAGAAGCAGAUAUUUUAAAAUUUCUCCAAGAUGGAUCCCUAGGUGCAUUGUAUCCCUACAACCCUGCUCUUAUUUGCUUUCUAAUUAUUUCCUCUUGAUGGUUCUUCAUGCUGCUGCGGAGGGCAGCUGAUGCCAUUGAGUACUAUAUCUUGGUGCUGUAGAAUCAAAAGUUAAAUAGAGAGUGUGGGGGAGAGAAAACAGGAAUGACUGUACUUACACAUUUGUAUCCAAAUGUUAGGUAUUUUGAUAGGCAGAUUAUAUUGUUCAGUGCUUCUCCUUCCAAUCUCUGGCAUGCUCUUCCUAGAGAGCCUCAACUGAUACCUACAUUAAUGUCCUUUUGACUCCAGGCAAAAACUUUUCUGUUCUCCCAGGCCUUAUAGCAGCAUUUAUUAUUUGUUAUUUAUCAUUUCUUCCAGUCACUGCAGAGAGAUGAUAGUUUGGUCAGUUUUAGCUUUUGUUGGGGAUGAAUCUUGUCAAUAUGCUAAUUGAAUUUGUUGCUGGUGGCUGGUUUACAUCUGUUUUAUGCUGAGUUGGAUUUUAUGACUGGAUCUUAUUGCUGAAGUAUUGCUGGGCUGGUUUUAUUGUUUUAUAAUUGAAUUGCUUUGUUUAUAAUUUUGUUUCUUUUGCUGUUGUAUGUUGCCUAGCAACUCAUAAAUGAAAAUUUACUUUUUUUAAAAAAAAACCUUGUAAAAGGCUAGUGCUAUGGAAAGCACUUCCAAAAUUUUGUUGGAAUUGCCUAACAUCCAAAUGCUCCGUUUAGACUUCUUGUGUGCUCGUCUCUUCUUCUGCUGCAUGAGGACUUUUGCCACGUGUAGUUUCACUUUCAAAGAAUCUUGGCUUAGCAUUAUGUCUGGGCCAGGAAUCUUGGGUUACAACAUAUUCUGGUCAGUCUCAAUAAAUCCAUGGUUUGAAGUUGGCUUGUUUGGCAGUUAAUUAGUUACUGUUUGUUCUAAACUAGAAUUCAUUAUUUUAUAUAUUAUGCUAAACCAAAAUUGGUUGGCGGUGGGGAACACCCUACUCUCUGCAGAAGUCCUCCUCCUGACUGUGCAGGAGGAAAAUGAGGAAGCAUUUCUCUCAAGCUAUUGGAGUCCUGUCCAUAUAGCACUAAACUGUGGUUUAGCAUUACGUAUAAUCCGAGCCAUUGCCUACUCCAGAAGAUCACUUUUCAAUUUAAUUUAAUUGCAGUUUUCAGUGCUGUGUAAUGCAUUCAUUAAUAUUCAGACAUACUUUGUUGAUGAAAAUUCCUGGGUCAGUUCAAAUGGUAAUAAAUGUAAUGUAUUUUUCAAUAGACACUAGAUCAGCUCCCACUUACCAACCCUGAACAUUUUGGGACUCCUGUCAUAGGAAAGAAAACAAAUAGAGGAAGGAGAUCUAAUCACAUGUAAGUUGUUUUUGUUUGCAAUUGUUUGUUGAUUUGUUAUUAUCUUAAUUUUCAGCAGGUGGUUUGAAGUUGGUAGAAAUGUAUCACAUAAUUUAAACUGAAAGUGCUGUUAUGUGGCCCAGUGUGUAUUGGAAGCAGGACAUAAGGGCUAUUAAAAAAAACACAGACAAAUUUGUUAAUGGCGUGGGACAAGGCCACAGCUGGCCCACUGUAUCUUAGAGUGACAUAAGAAGAAUCCUACUGGGUUAGAGUAAAGGCCUGUCUUGAGACUGACCCAGAAACUCCAGCGGGUGCAGAAUGCCGCGGCGAGACUCCUUAUGGGGUCUUCGCUGUGAGAUCACAUUCACCCGGUGCUAUACCAGCUGUACUGGCUCCCGGUGGGGUACAGGAUCAGGUUUAAGGUGCUGGUUUUAACCUUUAAAGCCCUAUACGGCCUAGGACCCUCGUACCUACGGGACCGCCUCUCCUGGUAUGUCCCACAGAGGAACUUACGGUCUUCAAACAAAAACAUCCUGAAGGUCCCAGGCCACAGAGAGGUUAGGCUGGCCUCAACUAGAGCCAGGGUUUUUCGGCUGUGGCUCCGAUCUGGUGGAACGCUCUGUCACAAGAGGCUAGGGCCCUGUGGGACUUGACAUCUUUCCACAGGGCCUGCAAGACAGAGCUGUUCCACCAGGCCUUUGGUCAGGGCACAGCCUGACUCCCUCCUUUGGCAAUCUUCACAGAACUCUAGCCCAAUGGUUGCCAUCAAUUUGAUUUAAACAAAUUUUAUAAUGAAAUGAUUUUAGAAUGUUGUACUAUUUUAUUGUUGUUAGCCGCCCUGAGCCCGGCUUCAGCUGGGGAGGGCGGGAUAUAAAUAAAAUUUAUUAUUAUUAUUAUUAUUAUUAUUAUUAUUAUUAUUAUUAUUAUCAUUAUUAUCCUUUUUCCCACAGUGGACAUAAGGUGCUUCAGGGUAACACACAAAAAGGGCAUAAACACAACAAAACUAUUUUUCUGUUUCCUAGUGACUAGUACUCAGAGGUAUACUGCUUCUGAACCUAGAAGUUUGGCCAUUAGUAAAAAGAUCUUGCAUGAGUUCCUCACUUUAAAACUAAGCCAGUGACCAUCAUUAGAUAUUGUGGCAGUGAAUGCCCAGUCAUAAGUAAGAUAUGUCUAUAUAAGGAGGUACUUUUUAGACAGUCCUGAAUCGACUGUUCGUUAAUUUUGGAGGUUGGCUUCAUGUGCUGGUAGUUGUAAGGUAGAAUCAGCCUUGAACUCCUAGUGUAAGUACAACUUUCCCCUUGUAUUUAGUAGUGGGCUGAACAGAGGCUACUCAAGUCUGCCAUGCUUGCUUCUAUUACUGAAUAUGGGUAUUGGAUCUUGCUGCUGUUCUUUAUUUAAAUAUUUUUUGUUGUAUACUAUAUGGCGGGCGUUGCGCACAUUCAGAAAAAAGUGGGGGUAGUCAUUGAUACCAUGUUAUGGAUUUAUGUUAUGGGGGGCACAGGUGACAGAGAUGCUGUUCUCUGAAUUUUAACUCAGCAGAUCAAACAUUGAAAUAGAGACAUAAAUGCAAAUGUAAUGAAGCACCUGUAUUAGAAUAUAUAUUUCUUUUUGUGUGUGUUUGCAUAUGGCAAAACACUGUUUGUAUCUUUUUUCAAAAAGUUGCAAAGAUGUACCAAAAACGUUUCCACCGAAGAAUCCUUGCCAAGUGCACCGUGAAUACAAGCACUUCGAUAAUGGCUUAUUCUUGACUAAUCUUGGUUUUUGUUAAUAGUACUGUUUAAAGUUUUGUUUUGUCUGUACUCUCCUAUCAUUUGCAGACACAAUGUAUUUGUAGUUGGUUUUAAUACAGCUUGAAAUCAACAGGUUUUUCUUUCACUUGCUACUUUGUUUGUAUCAGGAUUCUUAGUGAGACUUGCAUAGCUUUGGCAACAAGACUUAUCCCUUUAUUUCCAAUAAUUAUGACAUAUGUAUUUUGUCCAGUUACUUGCCUCAAAUGGUUAUCCAGUUAAACUGUCAGGUUCUAACUAUUAACUUGCUCCUCUCCCCUGAUUGGAUGACAAUCCACCCAGCCCUGAUUGGUUUCUGAGUCACUAGAAGGCUGACCAUCAUAUGUGAAUUCGUCCUUCACAUGGGGAUUUAAAAACUGGUGGCUACCAUUUGUUACUUGCUCGCAAUUCCCCUCAGAAUAAUACUAUGUGAUGUAGUGUCAUUCCAAGGGCAUUAUGAGGAACAUGGUGGCUACAAGCAUGGAAUACUACUUUCACGCCCCUGGGAGACUGCUAUCACUGUACCACCACUGUUGGGGUGGAAAGAACGAAAAGAGAGAGUGAAAGGGAUGGACCCUAUAGCAGUCCCCACUUCCCAAAAUUCAAGCUAAAGUUCAUUUGUAGUUUGACCCUAAUCAAAAUUCUGAACUCUAUAGCACAAUUUAACUUGGAGUUCUUUUCCUUUUAGCCCAGAAGAAGAAUCUUCCUCAUCCUCAAGUGAUGAAGAUGAAGAUGACAGAAAACAAACUGAUGAACUGUUAGGAAAAGUUGUUUGUGUAGACUACGUUAGUGCUGAUAAAAAGAAAAACCUCUGGUUCCCAGCUUUGGUAAGUGUUUCAAUUUUAUAUUGUUUAAUAGCUUUAUUUUGAAGAGAGAGAAAAGUACCUAGAAAUUAUAUUUUGCACUUUGAGAUAUUCCUCUUUCAUAAUUUAAAACCACCACGUUAAACAAGGUCAGAAUAGUCAUACUAUCUACAAUUCAUUUGAGCACACUAAGGGCAGUAACUUCAUAAAGUGCAUAUAUUGUAAAAACUGUGCAGUUUAAUAACACGUAAGUGCCAAGUCAGUCUGUAUACAAUAAAGCAGAAUUUAAAAAAAAAUGUAAAACAGAGCACUGCUUCUUUUCUUUUUUCCUAUUUUAUGGUCCCUAUUAUUUUCCAUGCUGUUCGUUCAGCUUCCAAUUGCAUAAGAAGGUCAAAGGCAAAAGCUGCUGUAUUGUUCCUAUUUUAUGCUACAAAACAUACAGAUUGCUGGAUCUGUAUUCUGAAGUGGUGUACCAGUUGCUAGGGAGAAACAGCAGCAGUGGGCUACUUUUUUCAUCCCCUCCCUGUGGGCUUCCUAAAAGCAUCUGGCUAGCCAUGGUUAGGAAAACAGGCUAGACUAGAUUGACCCUGAGUCAGGAAUGUUUUUAUCAAUCCUUUUGCUGCAUGGAAUUCUUUUUAUACUUACUUACUUGAGAAUAUUAACAUUUUAAAAAUAAAAUGGCCCCUCCCCCAAAAUUGUGUAAAUCAUGUCAUAUUAAUUACAAGCAUAUAAGUGGUUGCAGAUAGAAAACUUGUUCAUAAAUUUUAAUGAAUAUUUGCAGAACAGUAAAUGUGAGCCUAAACUGUACAGUUGACAUUAAAUAAAUCAUCAUUAUUUUUAAUUUAUUGUUUUGGCUUUCAAAAGCAAUGCACAUGUCACAUCCAUUAUAAAAGAAUGGCUGAAGCAUGAAAUAUUACCUGAUAAUGUUCUAGAAGAAGGUUGCAUUAGGUUCGUGCUUCUAAUGGAAGAUUGUGACGUAGCCAAAAGCACCAUAAGGUCACAAUUUUAGAAACUGAAAUAAGGCAGAUCAAAGAUCUUAGAAGCAAUGUGCAAGUUUUAAAUAGGGAAGGUAAUUUAACAAGUGGCUUAAUUCAUAUGAUGUAGGUGAUUAUAUUUGGCUGAAGUUGCUGAGCAAUUUAAACUCUUUGUGAAAUCAGUAGUGAAAAGGAGUCCACAAAUUUAUUCCUAGCUUACUAACCCACCGUCCCCAAGAAGACUCUGAAGAGAGGAAAGAUUGGUAUCUCAAUUGCUGCUGGGCUUUUCAGAAGCAUAGGCAGCAAGGGGCUUCCUCCUUCUCUCACUUCUGCACCAGACACUGAGGAAGCAGUGGAAAGGAGCAUCGCAUCUUUCUCUGAAGCUCUGUGCGAAUUGAGAUGAAAGGGCUCUCCCCCAAGUCCUCUGUGUAUACAGAGGACUCAGGCAAAUGUGUGUGUGCCUUUUAUCUCACUCAGUGCUGGACUUAAAGAGAAGGUAGAAUGCAAGUCCCAUCCUCCUUGUUGCUUCUGUUUCUUCAAAGCCCACUGCAAAAUAAGACAACAUCGUCUCCCCUUCCCUGAAUUCUCUGCACAGGUUAGAACACUUGGAGAGGAGCAAAGCCUUGUUUUUCAUGCAUGGCACAAUGGAAGGCAGCCUUCACACAAGUUCCCUGAAGUUUUCAGAGAACUCUGGGCAGGAUUUUUGUGUGUGCUGAGCAUCCAUGACAGGGGCAGUCAGUCACCUCUGUGACCAGUUUUUUGGACUCUAGAAUAUGAACAAAAAGUAUCUUCGUUGAAAUCUCUCAGAAUGGUACCAAAUAUUGAUAUAAAAUAUUUUAAAUAUUUCCUUUCUUUUUAUGCAGGUGGUUUGUCCAGACUGCAGUGAUGAAAUUGCAGUCAAAAAGGAUAACAUUCUGGUUCGUUCUUUCAAGGAUGGCAAAUUGUGAGUAGAAAGAUUUCCAGUGUCAUUAUUUAUACCAACUAGCUAAUACAAUCUGUCAUUUCUACUCACUGACGUGACAUAUAUAGGGCUUUAUUUUUAAAUGCCAGUAAGAGGGAGGGACAGGAAGCACAAACCAACUGUUCAUUCUACCUUCCACCCCACUCAUGUCACUUACAUAGAGUGCCUAGCAUAUGUGUUAGGAAUCAGGUUGCAAUUUUGUGCAGCUGUAUAAGUCAAAGGGUGGCCGCUUUACAUACUUGUUCUAUAUGUCAAAGUUUGUUUUUGUGAUGGACAAUUUCUAAAGAGUCUGUUCUUGAUUUGGUUAACAUGCCUGUGUAUCACUGUAAAUCACAGUAACACAGUAUUAUUUCAGCUGGCUUCAAAAUAGUGUAAAUGGCGGGCCCAUUUCUGACCUGAUUCUUACCACUUUUUCACUUGAGAAGAAUUUCUUUUCUUUAAGAAAGUAUCAACAAGGAAAUGUCAGUCUUGUCACCUUUUAUAAAGUCAUUUUUCUCCCUUCACUGAGAGGCAGACAUUCCUAGGUGGGUUAGGUUCUGCCUCUGGAAGGCAGGACUGAGGAGCCAUUUUUUGAGAGGUGUGAACCACUCACCCAUCUCCCAUUUGUCUUCUUGCUUGACACAAGAAGGCAGGGUUUUUGUAAGGAUUGCACUGUUAAGCAGCUGCCAUGGAUACAAUUGUCUGUUCCCACUGCUUUCCACUCACAGAAAGCUUGGAUUGAAAGCUCUUGCACAGAAUUAAAUCUGCUCUGGUAAUGGACCCAGGAAUCAGUACCUUCUUGAUACUCUUGCUAAAUGAACAUAAUAACAGCAGACAAGGUUUAUAUUAAUUAUAAUGGUUAUGGGCCUGGUUUUUUUUUAAAAUACCAGGAUGGUAUGUUUGAUCCAUGGAUGGAAAGAAUGAUUUGUUAUUAAAGUGUUUUAAAUUUUUUGUUUUAAAAGUUUUGUAAUACUGUAUUAUUAUUAUUAUUAUUAUUAUUAUUUAUUAGUUCUUCCGUACCAAGGAAAGAUGUUCGAGAGAUUAGUGAUUCUUCACCAAAGCCUGAUGCUGCAUUAAAGCAAGGUAAAGACAAUAUAGAAUUAAGAAAAGAUAGCAUUUUUCAGCUGAAUUUGGCUAGAAAUCUGGCACACACUAUGAGGGACAGCUGUGCUACAAAACAUGAGGGUGCUACAUGUCCCACCAACUGCUAAACAAUUCCUACCAUAUUUUCCUGCAGUUCAGCCCACUCAAAGUUGCUCUUUCCUGUUCCCUACCCUAGGAAGCUCCUCUUAUUAUCCAUGAUAGCUAAAUGGAACCUUCAUGUUCUCAGGUAGUAUACUUCUGAAUUGUAUAUUCACUGAGUAUACAGUGAACAGCAGGGGAAUUUGUUCCUUUCACGACCUGUUUAUAAGCUUCGCACUGGGAUUUGACUGACCAAUGUUUGCAACAAGAGUGCUAGACCAAAUGGAGAUCAGUGAUUUGCCCAAGGCUUCAAAGAAAAUAUCAGGCAGAAACUCUGUCUUAAACACCAGACUACUUCUGUGAUCUCACAUUUGUUGCUGCAAAAAACAUUUUAAAGAAGGUGAAUGACUGAAGCUGAGAGAAUGGUGUCUUACCCGAAUCCAGAACCUAAGUAUAAAGAAGAGCAGGAGUUGCCUUCCUUUUUGGACCAGGGAACACAUUUUGAAUUUUGAAAGGGUUCUAUCAUAAGAUGGCUGCCUUAGGGGUGUGAACAAAGCACAAAAUGGCUGCCAUGGGGAGCAUGGCCUCACAUAAAAUUAGAGAGAGUGCUUAACCUGUUGAAUUUCUGCAUAGAAAAUGAGGCAGGCCGGUAAAGUGUAUUAAAGGGGAGUGGAAGCAGCAGCUCUUUAGGACCUCAGGAUUCCUACUGCCUGGUAUCAAUCACUUCACACAUUGACUAAAAACACUUGACCAGGUAGGAGAGCCAGGCUUGCUCAUUUUACAGACAUUCCUUAGAAGAGUGUUCCUGCGUGUUCUGCUUCAUAACUAUGUUUCUAGCAGGGCUGGAGACUUGCUUAAAAAGAAAGUAAGCUCAGUCUGGGGCCUCCAUGGGAGCACAAAUGAAGACUCUUGUGGGCACCAUGGCACUCACAGGCUCCAGGCUGGUGUCCCCUGAGGUGAGCCAAGUAAGUUCACCUCCAAACUUCUCAGUUAAAUUUUCCUUUAAUUAGGUUACCUCCCAAAUCUGUUCCUCUUCAGCUAAUUUACACCACACACAUUCAUCCCUUGGGCAUUCACACAAAGAAAGAAAAACUCAAUGUAUUUUUCAUCUGUGCUUUCCCAAAGCUCCUGUGCAGGAGGGGUGGGGAAUCUGUAGCCCUUCAGAUGUUACUGGACUCCCAACUCCCAUGAGCCCCCGCCAUUAUGGUCAGUGGACAGGGAUGACGGUUGUAGUAGCCCAGCACCAUCUAGAGUGCCACAGGUUGCCCACCUCUGUGAACUAUUAGCAGUCCUCUAUUCCAGCCUGCAGUUCAGCUCAAGAACGACGACAAAAAGCAUGAAAUUUCAGACUGGCAGCUGUUCUCCAGUCAGCAGCCACCUGAUAUGCUGGUUCUGUCUGGCUCCAUUACAUCUCUCCCACACAGAUCCUUCACGUUACAACCAUACAGGCAGUCUCUGGCUUUUGCUAUAGGGACAGCCAGGAGAUGAAUCCUGCAGACACCUUCUGAGCCCAGCUGGGAUCUUAAAAAAAAAAAAAAAAAAGCAACCCCCAAACUGUAAUAUCAGAGAAGGGGUAAAUAGGGGUCAGCUGAAUUUUCAUUACUUAUUCUUUUAAUGUAUUUGAAAUAUGUACACGUUGCCUCUCAGUUAUAAUUUCUGCGGGUGCUAAUAAUCUAAUUGAAGUAGGAAGAACAAAAACCAACACCAUACAAGACAAGCAUCAUUAAAUACCAUCAAGACCAUGUUGAAUACUAUCUUAAAUAGCCAGAAUAAAUCAGCUGAGUGAUACCUCACUUGUAAAAAAAACCCUGAAAGCUAUUACAGUUUGCUAGGCUAAUGGACAGGGAGUGAGUUCCCUAAAUGAAGUGCCACAACUGAAAUGGUACUGUCCUUCUCUGCCACCCACCAUACUUCAGGAGAUGGGACAUUGUGAACAGGGCGUCUGAUCCUAAUACUCAGACAUGUUUUGAUGGGAAUUUGUGGUUUUUCAUAUACCCUGAUCCCAAGCCAUUUAAGGCUUAAUAAGUCAAAGCCAGCACCUUUAAUUAUGUACAGAAAUAAAUAGGCAGAUAGUGGUCUUUUUUCAAGUAGUGACAAGGUAUGUUCCCUGCUAUUUGUGGCAAUUAACAGGUAUGCUUGCUACUCAGAACUAACUGAAGUUCCAAGUGUCUUCAAACACAUCAUAAGAAUAGUGGCCAGAUCCCACAAGAAUUUGUUAUAUGACCCACAGAGCAUUCAUUUGCAAGACCAAAUCAGUAGGCACACACAGGCUGCAGACUUGAUCCUUUAGGGAGAAGUGCAACUCCAUUCUGAACAGGGCAAACUAUAUCAAGAUAGAGGGCACUUUUAAUUUUGUAUAUUUAUAAAACUAUACCAUUUUAUCAUAGAAGGUAGUGAGAGGUGAGCUGUGAUUAAAUGAGCACAUGGCACUACUUUGAUGCACAAAAGUUAUGAACUUAUACCAGGGGUUUGUCCAUGGCUGAUGGACUUGUGGCUCCAAGGCAGUCUGCUAAAGGUUUCUUGAAAGUGAUAUAAUAGUAUCUAGAUAUAGCAAAUAGUUUUGUAAUGCCAAAAGCAUAGAUCGGUGAAUGUGCUUACUGUGAGGUGUUAGCCAAACCCCUUUGGAAGAAAGGUGGGCUUUUUAUCUUUUAGGGUGAGGAAAAUCCCAUGUUCAAAUAAAAGUAGGAUCACAUCACACACUUACCAUCUUUUCCUCACAAGGAAAAGGCAUAUGGCCUGCACCAGUACGUUCCCAAGGAGAAAAAAUGAACAAGCCCAAUUUCUUCUCUUUAUGUGUGUUUUACCAAACGGGCCAAUUUUUUAUAUUUUUUUUACAUGCAGGAGCAAACUAGACAUUCAGUGCUAAUAAGUUUCAUUCAAUUUACAGCUUUCGAUCAAGCCUUAGAAUUCCGUAAAAACAAAACUGUUCCCAGUAACUGGAAGACUGAGUUGAAAGAGGAAAGCUCCAGUAGCGAAGCAGAAGAAGAGGAGGAAGAUGAAAAAGAAAAGGAAGAUAACAGCAGCGAAGAAGAGGCAAGUACAGCACUGUAAUUUGGUUGAGCCAUGAAAUAUUUCCCGUUUAGAGUAUAUUGAUUGUUGAAUUACAGUAGUGGCACAGACAAUAUCAACCCUUUUAUUACAUUGUCUUUAGCAUACCUCUUCCUUGUAUAUUGUCCAUAUUUGUGAACCCUGAUUAGUCUAGGAAACCAGUUUUCUUUAUGCAACAAAGAAAACUAGCGUGUGAUCAGCGUGAACGUCUGCAAGGUGGGGAAAAAACUACCAACAGGGAUGGUAUAUGACCUAUAUGUUGCAAUUUUAUUUAAGUUCAAGAAAUAGGCAGAAUAAUUGUGGUAACGAGCAUGUUUGACUGGAAUAAAGAAGGGACAUUAUCUCUUAUUUGGGUUUGUAAAAAAAUAUAUAUAUUCUGCUGUUACCACAGCUGAUAUCCUUUAGGGAUAAGACAUUGAACUAGCAGCAUAUACGAGUAGGGGAAAAGUUAGUCACACACACCAUGAUCUGCAAACCCCGCACAGGCAUGCAUUGAAUGACUAAGAAUCCUCCUUAAUAUUAACUUUGUGUUUUGCUAAACCCCGCUUCUAACAAACAUGAUUAACUGGAACAUCAGCAACAUCUGCUUUUCUAAAUUUUUACUGGAGUUGUUUUGUUGGUUUAAAAAGAAGAAGGAAACUUUAAAAAGUGCAACCCAAAACGCCACUUCCCUCAAAAUGGUGCUAAAAUAUAUGUGGAACAUCCGUGGAAAUGAGUUGGUUUAUCUUUCUGCAAAAGUUGCCAUCUCCACAAUGAAAUAUUUUUCUCUUGGAGAGGAAAAUGGAAUUUCAGUUUGACUGCUGUAAUUAAAUAACAGAUAACAAAUUUCAAUUAAUUCGCUAUUUCAGAUUUGCUUUAUGUUCUUAUUAUGGCGCUUUAAGACUGCAGUCCUAUAUACACUUUUUUGGAAGCAAGUCCCAUUCAAUUUUCUUCUGAGUAGACAUGCAGAAGAUUAUGCUAUAAAUAUGCAUUUAUUUGUAUUUUGAUGGCUCCCCAUAGUGAAACUAAACGUUUUCCAAUUAAAAUACACUUAAAACAGUUAUUAGUGUAAGAUACAGAGAAAUGACGCUUGCCUUCAAAGCCAAAGUACCAAAGCAUUAUGUAAUGGUUCCUGAACUUUUAAAAUAUAAAUGUAAUUCCCUGCAAUACUUUUUAAAGAAAACUGUGGUGAUUAACAGGGCAAUCUAACAUGUGCUUUUGUUACCAUAUUGUUUAAAUUAGGAAGAAAUAGAACCCUUUCCAGAGGAAAGAGAAAACUUCUUACAACAACUAUAUAAAUUCAUGGAAGACAGGGGUAAGCAUGUCAUUAUAUUUAUCAUAUAGUUUGUUUUACGCUAUAGGGGAUGUAGUACAGUAUGAGAAUGUAGUACACCCCUGAAAACUUGUCUUGUUGCUUUUCAUAAAGUGAGUUUCAAAGCUCCGUUGGGGUUUAAACCCUGGUCUCCUAGGUCCUAGCCCAGGGGUGAGGAACCUCUGGUCAAAUGUGACUCUUCAAGCCUCUUUCUAGCCUUUGGGGGCCCUGCCAGACCACACCGGCCUUGUUUCAGAUUUUCCUAUGGUGCUUUUCCCCUGGCUGGAAUGUAUCCUUGAACUCUGAUAAUCAUUCUCCCUUGCUUGGAUGGAGGAUAGCGAGGGGUGUUGUGCGUAUGUUUAGUAGCUAGCCUCCUGUACAAAGAUAAAAUUUACAUCAGUGUUUUGCUUCUAGUCCUGCCCUCAUAAAGUUGCCCAGAAGGGAAUGCAGCCAUAAGGUUCAAAAAGGCUCCCCCGCCCCAUUUCAACCACUACAUCAGAUAGGCCAGUUGAAAGUUGUUCCUUUUAAAAAUCAGCACUAUCUUUUUGGAAAUAAAAAUGAAUUCUGGCUGGUAUAGUACAGCAAAAUAUUUCAUUUAUAUAUAUUAAACCUGUUAUUUAUUUAUUUUUCUAAAACAUGUAUCCUGUUACAUGUACAUCCAGUUAGUGUUCCCUGGACAGGUUAUAGCAGAGUAAAAAUGUAAUAACAGAACACCAAUUUUAAAAUGGAAGAAAAAUGCAGCAAGUAAAGAAACAACAGAGUAACUAAUAACUUAUGCAGUGUGUGUCUGUAUUAUAUACAAGCCUGUACCACCUGUAACCCACCAAAACCAAACACAGCUCACCAGCCAAGUUUUGUGGCCUGCCAGUAGCUUUUGCAAUCCUUUGCAGGCAGCUAAAAUUGGAAGAUUAUCAAGCUCUUCAUGGCUACCAUAUGUUGCUGGUGUGUUGUUUUCAACUUUGUGGGUUACAGGUUGCACAGGCCUGAAGAGAAGAAUGAUUGCAGGGCAAAUAUUAUUUCAUUAUAUUUUGAUUUUGAACUGUAUCAUAAUGCCAGUUGUCCAACUGCCCUUUAGUAAUCAUAGGGCAGAAUGAAUGGAUUUGACAAGAAAGCUGAAUUAAAUUAAUUCAUCUCAGCUUUGCAAAGAAGUUCCCUUUGUACCAUUUAGCAACUUUUGGAGCCCACACAUAUUUGAUAAUGGCUUUUCCAAUUACUUGGAAAAACUGUGUAGUAUGAGUUCUGUUACAUGAUUGUUAACUAGGAAGAUAAGGCCACAGCUGCAAUCGUAUGCACAUUUCCCUGGAGUAAGCCCCAUUGGAAUUACCUCUGAGGAAAUAUGCAGAGUAUGCACAGUAUAUAUAUGUGGUAUAGUCUGGGAUUGAGACACUGAACUGAUUUAUGUGCAUUAACACCAAUAUGAGUUGCUCCUUACAAGCUAAAAAGCCACACUUCAAAAUACUUUCUUUCACAGGGACUCCGAUUAAUAAACGACCUGUUCUUGGAUACAGAAACUUGAAUCUCUUCAAAUUAUUCAGACUUGUACAUAAGCUUGGAGGAUUUGAUAAUGUAAGUACUAUUAAUCAGAGUAGAAAUAAUUUUGCAAUUUGAAGAAAAGUUAAUAGUGCAGCUUCAAAACCACUAGGAGAGGAGAUUUGUAGAUGAUGAGGUGGACAUCACACUAAGGACUCUUUAUGCAUUAAUUUUUCUAAGACUCUCUUUCUAGGUUAAAAAAGAAAGCAGCUUGUAAUAGUAGUUUAGUAUGAAGUCUGCAGUCAUUACAUAUACCCAAUUAUCUGAGUGUUAACCCCAUAGAAGACAGGCUUACUUCAAAAUACAUAGGUAUUAUCUGUGCACAGGAGAUGGAAGUGAAUUUGAAUACUCUUAAAGUAUGGGCGUCUAAUUUUUGUGUGUGCUAUUUUAGACCCUUAAAGUUCAGAAUAAAUUAUUUAUUUAGACACUUGUGCAGAAUUAUUCAUUUAAACAUAGACAUAAUGCUUUUUCUUGGGAUAACAAUUUUCAUUCUGCUUUAUAGAUUGAAAGUGGAGCAGUCUGGAAGCAAGUAUAUCAGGAUCUUGGGAUCCCUGUCUUGAACUCCGCCGCUGGAUAUAAUGUUAAAUGUGCAUACAAAAAGUAAGUAGAUCUGUAUAUAUAAAAUUGUGUGCUUUGCUUUGAUACUCAAUGGUGAAUGCUUCAUCUCAGCCAAAAGAAACAUUGCAUAGGUAUUCUGUUUUAAAGCUGUCAUCAUUUAAAUAAAUAAAAAAAAGAUAAUAGGCUAUAUUCAGUUGUGUUUCUUCAGUCACGAACAGCUUUGUUUCAGUGGAGCCUUCCAUGAACAAUACAAUGUGGAAAGUAGUUUUCAUUGAUUCCCCCUUCUGUCUGCAACCCUUGCUCUAAAGGGUUAGACGAUCUAUGGAACAGCAUGGGAGGUGGUAUAAGGGGCUUCAGGAGAAAGGCGGGAUUUGCAAAAAUCAUAUCCUUCCUGCAUUUCCAGAAACAUCCACAGAGCAAAGAACCCAGUACUCUCACAGUGCAAUCCUAAUACUGUACUCGUGUGUAUUCAUUCAGAAAUAAGUCACAUCAACAGGGCUUACUCCCAAAUAGGAGGAUACAGUUCUAAUUAAGGUGUCUUUAUCUAUUUUGGCUGUAUCAUGCUAUGUGUAGUAGUAACUACCCAAAUCAAGUCUGCUGUUCUGGCAGCUAACCGUAAGUCCUCUUUCAAAUUUGUUUGGAAAGUUAUUAAAUUUUAUUCCUGAGCUUCCAUGUUGCUAGACUAACCAGACUCAACAUAACUUUUUUUCAGGUAUUUCUUUCAAAAACAAGUUGACAUUUGGGGGCAGUUAAAACAACAACAACAACACAAUUUUGAGCUGGUACCAUGUUGUUGGUUUCUUUUAAAAAACAAAGCAAUCUUAAACCAUUAUUUAGCAAAUUAAUUUACAUCCUUAAAAGUGUGGUUGUCUCAUAAACCAAACUAUGGUGAACUAAUCAUUAUGUUAUUGUCAUCUUUUAGAUACCUCUAUGGCUUUGAAGAGUACUGUACAUCAGCUAAUGUUGAAUUUAAAAUGGCAUUACCAGAGAAAAUAGUGAGCCAGCCCUGUAAGGACCUUGAAAAAGAUAUGAAGAAGCAUGAAGAAACUGAGCAAAAUAUAAAAGAAAUAAAGGUGGAAUCUGAAGAAAGAGAUGAUGAAGUAAUGAGGAAACAACAAGACACACAAGCUGAGAAUGAGAGUGAAAGAAAAGAAAAUGAUACGUCCUCCUUGGUAAGAGCUGUUCCAUUAUUUUUUGUAGAUUUUGUAAAAUAUAUCAUUGUGUUCUGUUAAAGUAAGCUGAAAUAUCAUUUGAGUGGAUAUUGUGCCUAUAAAGUAAAGUGUUUUAUUCUAGCAUUAAUAUACUGUUUGCUAGUUUUGCUACAUUUCUCAAAGUAUUAAUGUCAUUUUCAGAGCUGAUAAGAACCUGUUGCAGUCCAAAUUCACUUUGACAGAAGAAAUACCUUUGUGGGUGUCUUGCAGAGUUCUAAAGAAGGCCCUAAAAACUCUGUUUAGGCAGAAAUCAAACACUGUUGUGUCUGCUAUAUCUAGACCACAUUUGGUGAUUGUGUCCCAAGAUCCGAACCAGACUUUUGUCCUCACACCCAGCCCCUUUGCGCCUCCUUUUGCUAAGCUCCGUUAAGCUAGGAAGUCUCAAGCUACGAAACUGAUAACACAGUUUGAAAGUUCCUUACAUUCACAUGACCUUACAAAUUCCUUGUAGCUAUAAUUUGCACCAUGUGGAAAAUCAGAGCUCCAUGUUCCUGAUGUUCUCCUGGUCAAAAAUAUCUGGAAAGUUACGGGUGAACAGUGUUUCCUACAAUAUUUAUGUUCCUUUUUCCGUUGAGCAGAGAUGUUGUAAGGUGGGAUGAGAGCUCCCUCUAGCACAGCUAAACUAGAGGUUUCUGCUCUUCAGCUCCCAGCAGUUUUUGCUGCUUUCACGUUGUGAGAUUGUAUCUCACAUUCUCCAUUCAGCUUUGCUCAGAGUUGUGUUUUGUCUACAGUUUUCGGAGCUUAUCUUUAUGACAUUGUUGCUUAUCAUUUGUUGUUAGUGCUUCUGCCUGUGCUUAUUUGGGGGAAGGUUGCGUUGAUGCUGUUUCUCUCUUAGGCAGACCCGUGAAUUUUUGUUUUGAUGUACAGUGCUUGAUUGUGUGUGAGUUUUUGGGUUUCUUAUGUGCCUUACCACCUUCUCCUCUGUAUUUUCCCUUCACCACCUCCCCUGUUGCUUGUCCCUGGUUUAAAGUGAACUACCCUCCACCCCCAGUGUCCGAAUUUUAUUUUUGGUCAAUGGAGGGGAUAUUUCCUCCCCUCCGGAACUCCGACAUUUUUUCACAGUUCUCCUCCAGCAGCUCUGUAGCUUUUUUAAAUUUAAUAUUUUUGCUGAUCACCCAUUAGAUCUCAGUAAUCAGCUACAGCUACUCUGGGGCUAUGGGCAAGAUAAAGCAGUUGAAGGCUAAAGCCCUUAAGGCAACAUAUAAAUCAGCUCAUAAACACCGUGUUCCUGGAUGGCAUUGACCUUUACUGUCAUGGGCACAAAACCUGGUUCUGUCUCUGUUGGCAUGGAUACCAUGGCUGAGAGGACUGAUACUGCUAAAGCACUCGUGCGUAAGAUGGGCCACCCAAAGAUGUCUGGUUCCGUUUCCCACUCUUUUCAGAUUGAUUGUGAUAAGGAACCUCUGUGUAAAGAAUGGGUGCACCUUAGAACCCUCUGAAAACUUCCUCUAAAGAGGAUUUUUUGGGGAUUUGAUGUGGCAUUAUCUGUGAAUAAAAAUAUUACUCACUUUUCAGAUAUGCAAACAUAUCAAAAGAAAGAGGUGCCCUAAGUCAUGGAGUAUUGCGGUCAUACCAAUAGUGCAUACAUAACGCAGGUUGCGCUAUGGUCUAAACCAUUGAGCCUCUUGGGCUUGCCAAUCAGAAGUCAGCGGUUUGAAUCCCCACGAUGGGGUGAGCUCCCGUUGCUCAGUCCCAGCCUCUGCCAACCUAGCAGUUCAAAAGCACGCUAGUGCAAGUAGAUAAAUAGGUACUUCUGCGGCAGGAAGGUAAACGGUGUUUCUGUGCGCUCUGGUUUCAGUCACAGUGUUCUGUUGCACCAGAAGCUAUUUAGUCAUGCUGGCCACAUACUCAGAAAGCUGUCUGUGGACAAAUGCCAGCUCCCUCGGCCUGAUAGCAAGAUGAGUGUCUCAACCCCAUAGUUGCCUUUGACUGGACUUAACUGUCCGGGGUCCUUUACCUUUUACCUUAGUGCAUACAUGAGACUGCAGCGUUAUCUUCAAAUGCUCUGUGCUAUGCUCCGGCCUGGGUGAGCCCUCGUUCCUUUACAAGAGAUUGCCAUAUUGAUACUUACAUCUCUGCAGGGGCACUUUUGAGAGACACGCGCUUAUCUGAUUGAAUAUGUAUCUGGAUUGCCUUGUGUGUUGGAGCAGGGAACUGCUCAAUGUGUGUUGUUGUUGCUACAUGUUGUUGGUAUGUUUUCUUACUAGUGUGUUGAGUGCCGAAUGGGGGCCUGCACUCUUAGCUUGGGGGCCAGCUGAGAGGAUAAAUCUCUAAUUUAGCUGCGGUGGUGCUUGCAAGUGCUUGAGAGAGCUCUCAUUCUACUUUAGAACAUCCUUUCACUAAAAAAUACCCUUCACAGGUAAAACCAAUGGUUCUGUUUCAGCAGCCUGGACAUGGAUCAAGGGACAACAUUCAUGAUCCAAUGUGAAUUGCAGCAGUACUUCCUUAGAGAUGUGUUAUUAUUUCAUGAAAGUGAUUUACAAUAUAAUAAAUCAUAUAUAAAACAGCAAUAUAUAUAAAAACAGUUAAACAAUUGCAUAAAUAAAAACAAUUUUUUAAAAGUUUACACAGAGAGAGAGAGACAGACAGAGAGUUUAAAACAACAUUAGCACAUAUAUAAAAUCAAUUCAAAUCCAGUAUAGAUACCAACAGAGAAAAUGGCUGGUGCAGAUUCUUCCUAAUUGAAAACUAACAGGUUUUUUUUUCAAUUGUGAGCUAUAUCAAUGUUUUUAUUUCUCCUAGGAAAGCAAAAAAGGUUUUCAGGAAUCACACACUGACCAGGAAAAGGAAUUAAGAAUACUGAAAACAGAUGAAGCCAAUGUGGAACAUAAAGAGGAUGAGAAGAGUAAGGACUUGGAAAAUCAGAAUACCAGUCUUGAAACGGAAGAGAGGGAGAAAAAGUAAGAAUCUUUUCUUUUCAGCUAAAACCUAUGUAUGAGGGGAGCAAUACUGGGCUUCAAAUCUGAGUUGCCUUUGAUCUCUAAAAGAUCAAAGAGGAACUAGAAUUUAAGAGGAACUAGAUAACUUAGGCUGUAAUCCCAGCCUCAUUUACCUCAGAGUAAGUCUUACUGAAUUCAUUGAGACUUACUUUUGUCAACUUGUUUAGGAAAGCAGCCUUUAUGUCAAAAAGCUCAAUGAAUACCAUCUUAUUUUGGUGCUUCUUUUUGUUGGAGAUGUCCAGUUAAAUUGCUUCAUUAUUCUGAAUACUAUAGAGGUUGUGUAAGAGAAGUCAUCUGCUGUCUUCUGAUAAAAAGAUAAUUAAGAGUGAUGGGGAAGCAGCCAUAGGCCUCUCUGGUCCAGCAUUCUGUUCUCACAGUGGUCAUCCAGAUACCCAUGGCAGGCCUGCAGUCAGGGCCGGGUUGCAGCAGCACUCUUCACACUGGUAAUCAUGGACUUCAAUACUGAAAGAUAUGCGUGGAGUAGGAUUGAAAGCUGGAAGAAUUGUGUAGGAGAAUUUAAAAGAAAAAGGUGUGGGGAAAGCUAAACAAUAAAUUGUGGGCAAAAAAAAAGUUACAGUAGGGGUUCUCAAACUUUCUGCCCACAAGGCUCAUUUAAAUUUCUUGAGGCCCACAAGUCACAAAAUGGUGCAGUGGCAGAGCCAGUCACAAAAUGGUGACAGAUGGAACAAUUUGGCAUAAUCAGCUGACAGUUGCUGACAUCAUUUUCUACUGAUAUCGAAUCCAUCUUUGGAAAUUGCUGACAUCUUUGUCACAGCAUUUUCCUUGUGGCAAGGAGUUCCAUAGCUCAGUUUUCCUCAGGUUAAGUACAGACAUUUGCUCUGUAGGUAUUGUGACUCAGCCUCCCUAUUUUUGGCAGAGUUUGCUUCUUCAGAGGCUCUUUAAGUGGAGAAGGUUUUUUCUUUUAUAUUUCCCCCUUCACACUCCCACAUGCCUCUAAAGUAUUUUUACUGUCUCAUCUUACCACAGUUACUGAUCUUCUCCCAUUUUCCUUUCACACUCAACUUGUACCUUAUUCACACAUACCCAGCCAACUGCUGUUUCUUUCAGCCCUUCCUCCUUAAUCCUUUUGCAUUAAUUUCUUCCUCCUACAACAGUUUUCCUCUCAUUCUCUUACUUUCUAUUUCUAGUUUAUAAAAAUAUUAACCUAUAAUCUCACCUUUAACACCUCCCCUUACCCUUCCCCCUCAGAGGAGGGAGACCUUCCUUCCAAUUCCAGCUUUUCCCAGUCUUUACUCAACAUGCAAUGAAUUUUUGACACUAGCCAACUGUCUGAGAAACACUGAGUUAUAGGUUGUAGUUUUUAAAGAUUUGGCUCAUCUGGUGCGCCACCAAAAGGAAAGAGACGAUUUCUUAUCCAGAAAUCAACUGAAUAUAGAUCAGCACUCCAUAAAUUUAUUCUACUGGAAGGCGACAACAUCAGUAGAACUGAUGGUACCGCUACUUUGUUGAAGCACCUGAUCAAGUAAUUGUCUUGAUCUGACAAGACUUCCCUAAUUUUGCUGCUAUGGUGUGACAACUAUGUUGAACAUCCGAAUGAAAUUAUUUUAUUGCCAUUCUGCUUCUGAAAUAAAUAUAGGAGUAUCUAUUAUCAGCGUGUCAUGCAUGUGACUAGAUUCAGGUCGACAGCCUAUCUGAGUAGUUGACCCUCAGACAUGCAUAAAGGUGUGGUGUGCCUUUCAGGCAAAAUGAUAAUCGACUGAUCAUUUUUAUGUAUAUAAAAAAUAAUGCUCCCCUUUUUUUGAAAUGCAGAUUGACAUGUAUGGUGUGUUGGAAUUGACCCAUUGUGUUCUCAUAUUUUGGUAUCAUGUAGAGUUCACUGCUUAAUGAUAUUGAAGUGUAUGGAUUUCUUUAUUGUGAAUUAAUCUUUCCGGCACUUUUUUUUUUUUUGGAAAGUAUAGCUUUUUCCAGUUCAGGUUUCAGAUAUUAUUAGUGGGACUAAUGAGUUUAUUUACAAUUCUCACUUUUACACUUGUAGUUUGUACCUAUCUUAAGUUUGUAUAUUUGACUACAGUGAGAAUUGUGUCUGCUGUUACCAGUUCAGUGUAUUACAUGAUUUCUGUGUUGGGGGCUGCUUAUUACGAGGACCUGUGAGGAAUGUGGCGAAAUAAUGUAAAAAGGAGCUAGUCAGGAAAGUCACUGAAGGGAAGCAUUGUGGGGGAAGAGUAUUUCUUGUGGAGCUGUUUGUAAGAGGUUUGUAGCAAUGAAGGGAGGAAUAUACAUGCCCUUUUCUUGCGCAUGCUCUAGGCUUAGAUAAGUAACAAUGUGCUCCUUGUAUACAUGUUUUUACAGAAGAUGCAAAUGUAACCGUGCACUGUAUUGUCUCAUAAAAAGUAGCACUCACAUUCCUGUUUACUACUACUAAUAUUAGUACUUCGUUCUGCUAUGUUGGGGAUCUACAAGCCGUGGCCUGAUGUGGCCCCUGUUGUGUUUUUGUGUAGUAUAAGCUAUUGUUUUUCAAAAUAUACAUUAUCUCAGACAUGCUUCUUGAUUUGACAAACAAGUAUAAUAUCACUGUAUAUCUAGUAUAUGUUAAUAAUGUGAUUAAAACUUUGGUUGUUAGUAUCUUGAUUUGGGGCUUAGGAACACUUCACUAGAGCACUUCACUGUGUAAGUUUUGUAUAUCAGAGUUACUGUAUCUGAACAUAUUUUUUGCUACAUAGAGCUUUCUUUCUUUCUUUCUUUCUUUCUUUCUUUCUUUCUUUCUUUCUACACUUGAUAAUCUUUAACAAUUUCGUUUCACUAGUGAUUUGCCUUAGAAUAGGCAGUCUUGUGCUGUUAGCCACUUUUUUUGUUCAGGAGCAUGCUAGCCAUUGCAUUGCCUCAAUUCUGUGGUGGCUUUCAGUCAGGAUUGCAGUGGGCUGUUUAGUCCCACAUAUAAAAAUACUUAUCAAGACAACCCUCAGCUUUGUACACUCUUUCAUAUCUGCAAACACUGUUAUCUGAUUUCUUGCAAGUUACACAUGUAAUUGAAUAAUCUCGGGUACAAUACAUACAAAGAUUGUAUCUGCGGCCUGUAAUGACCAUACUGUUAAAAUGCAUAGAUCAGACACGAGUCUUUUGUGUGGUUCUACUUUCAUCAAAACCUUAUGGAAGUAUAGUUUGUUUUGUUUUUAAAACCCCCCACUAAUCCUGAGGUUAGCAACUUUUAGCUAAAUAGCUUCAUUGAAAUAAAAUAGCUAUUGUGGGAUAAGGUAGUAAAGAGAACCACGGCUGUUUGGAUUUAAUUGAAAUGAAGAGCAUUUUAGCAUAUUGGGAUACAAAAGGAGGCUUUUGUACAAGUUGUUCUGUUGUCUUUGCUCUUCCCAGAACAUACAUUAAUUUAUGUGGUUGUUACAAAUGGGUUUAAAAUAAUGUGUAGAUCAUGUAUCCAGUACUUGUGUUUUGCACAUUUUGCCUCUUGUAUUCUAGUCACAAAUAUAUAAAUUCUAACAUUUUGAAAGCUCUGAUUCCUCAGGCCCUGGUUCUUUAGGCUAUAAGUUUAUUAGUGUUUGGUCUGGGACAAUUACAAUUGUGAGUUGCAAUAGUGAUGGGCGUCAUAUUUUUCCUACAGAACAGAUUUCUUAUGCUUUGCUAUAUUUGUGUUUUGCUUCUGUGACUCAUGAUAUAGUAAUGCUUGGACACAGAUUUACAAGUUACGGGGGGCGGGGUGGCAAUCUGAUAAAGCUAAUGAUAGAUACGACUCCGUGAAUCAGUGAUUGAAAUCUAUGGAAUGUUUAAUGAUAAUGAUAAUUAAUAAAUUAAGCAGUAUAGCUAUGCUUCUUUCAUAGUCUUUGAGAUUAGCUAUGGUGUGCUUCCAUCAGGAAAUUAGUUAAUUGUUGCAAAUUCAAAAUUGCCACAAUCUGUCCCCACUACCACCUUUUAAGGAUAGUCCAAAAGACUGACAGAACUUGUGUAGCUGUGCAGACAUUGCCUCUCUCUUCCUUUUCAUGGAAUACAUUUUAAAGUGCAGAAAACUUCCGAAUGCUAUUUGGUUAGCCUGUGAAACUGUGAUAACAGUUACUCGUCAUCCUGGAAAAAAAGUGACAAGUGGGGUGCCUCAAGGUUCUGUCCUGGGCCCAUUGUAAUUUGGAUUAAGGUGCUCAUAAAUCUGCAGGUAACACCAAACUGGGAGGGAUAGCCAAUGCUGCUGAGUAACAGAAUCGGGAUUCAAGAUGAGAUUAACAGAUUGGGGAACUGGGCCCAAACUAACAAAAUGAAUUUCAGUAGGGACAAACGUUAGGUUCUGCACUUAGGCAGGAAGAACCAGCUGCUUUUCCUAAAAAUGCAAAGAGCAAAAUGGACUUCAUCUUCCAUGAUGGGACUUGCCCUUCCUCCCCUUCCCUCUGCAGCCUCCCCCCCCCCCACUCCCUAAAUGUUAGAGCAGAUUUUGGGGGCAUGGAGUGUACUGAAUGGGUGAAGAGGGGAAAGGGAAAUCCCAUUGUGCAAGUCGAAGCCUGUGCCGUUCACACAGAUGACAUCAUUGGUUAAUCAUUUUGUACAAUCACAUUUAUAGGACCAAUAAGAUGAGUAUCGUAAGGGGCAAUAGAAAAUGACUUACGCUGAUCAAGCCUCAUUGAUUUCUACCAGAUACUGUUGUUGGGUGUACUUGGUUUGAAAUGAGGAAACUUCACAGGAUACUGUGCUAUGCUCACAAUGAUUGGGGGGGGGGGAUUCAAGUUAGUUAGGCAUAUCAAAGUGCUGCUUGAUAUACUUAUUUCAGUUGAAUUGCAUUAUUGAUUAUAUAGGAGUGAAGUGUUCGGUUCCUUAGAUUGCGUUUCUGGAGAUUUUCAAAAGAUGUUUCUCAAGAGAGCAAUUAUCGGAGUAAAUGAUGUAUACUAUGCAAAAUGGCCACUAAUGUAGAAGUAACAGAGUAGUUUGAAAUUUGGAAGAGGGAUUUACCAUAAGCAGACUCCAGAGACAAUUAAUAUUUUUCCUCUUUCAAAUAUGAUCAGAACGAUUACUACAUUGUGAUAGUAAAUCCUUUAUACACUAACUAAUAUUCAGGCUCGCCUUUUAACAGUAUUUACUUUGAUGAUUAUCAAGUGUGUCUGUUCCCUAUAAACCUUUUAACGUAGUUGCAGUUUUCUGUUGUCGCUGGCUGGUUUCUUUCACUUUGCUUUUCUGAAGGUUGAAGCUCCUGUUCUUUGGGACAGUUUUUACUUGAACUGCUUGAGGCAGCUUACAUAUGGGAACUGCUUGCAUCAUCAUCUUACUGUGUUAUCUUAUUGAUGUAUUUUGGGAUCCAUCGUUCUAAUGAACAGACCUUUCAGUUGUCUGCUUUACAACACUACCAUUUAGCCAAAAUCUUCACUUUACUGGAGUUUUAAAAAUCCUAUUUAAAAGCUUAUAGACAACAUCAUCUGCUAUGCAAAUGCUUUUUAUAUUAGGUUUACCAAUGUCUGGAAUACAAGAAAUCUAGCUUCUGUCUGUAUGCAGAUACGUAAAGUAAGGUUUCUUGAAGGCAUACUGGCCUAUCCUGGCAACAUUUUCCCUCAGGACUUCUGCUUCAUGGUAUUCAGUGCUUUGCUUCUUUUCUGUAUGGCAAGAUUUUCAAUCUGGGAAUAGAAUGCUGUGGUCUUCAUAGUACAGAUCUAUUUUUAAAAAAAUCUAUUGAAAAACUUGGAGGCAUGUAUUCUUGACAGUUCUGCUGUUCCCUGACGUGAAUAUUCUUGACAUUGGUUGCAUCUUUGUAUCUUCCAUCUGUGAUUGCAAAUCACUCUUCACCCCUUUUAAACAUAUAUAUUAAAAAAUGAUCUCCGCUUUAACUUUCUUAUGCAUCCUGGUAUUUGGUUCCAGAAGAUGUUAUAACUUGCUCUGAGGAUUUGAGGAUUAUUUAAUUUGCUGAGAUUUUCACGCUUCCAUAAUUUUUUCAAGCUUUUAAAUAUUAUUUUUUUUGCUGCAUUGAAGGUUAGAUACUCACUUUAAAAGCAAAAGAGUGAGAACUAAAGGGCACCAAUGGCUGUGUUUUGCCUUUUCCUGAUUUAUAUAAUUAAGAUUUCAUAAUAACUUAAUACGAAAAUUGCACAUAAUAUUAAAAAAAUAGAAUUUUCUGUUUAACAGGAACUUAUUCAUUAGUGUGCUGCCUAAUAUUUAAUAGAUUUGUGUGUUUUUUUAAAGAAUUGAAAGCGCUGAUGUUUUAAAAUUGAUGUUGGAAAGCAGGGGACAGAUGAGAGAGAAAUGCUGAAAUCUAUGCAAGUGUUCCUAGAUCCCUUUUAGAUGAGAAACUGAAAUUCAGUUACUAACCCCGCACACCCAAUAGUGCUUUUUUGUUAGCUUUUUAAAUUACAGAAUGGCUUUAUGCUCCCACCCCUUGUGCCGCAAAACAAAAUCAAUACAUUUUGAGAUGAUCAUUCCUCAGGGUCCCUUCCAAUUCUUUGAAAAGGUGUGGCUGAAUAUGCUGCAUGGGGCGGGGGGGGGAGAGACUGUUGUAUGACAAACAAUUGAAAUGGGGGAGAACAUGCUUGUUGAGCUCAAAAUCCCUACAGUUGUUUCAUUGAUAUUCCCAUUGAAGACACAUUGGCAAAUUAAGGUUUAGCUUGUUCUUUCUGGGAGAUUGAUCCCUUUUUAUGUGGGAAAAGCAUCUGAAUUACAAUGAAAUAUGUAUCCUUGGAACACUGGGAGAGGAAACCAUAUUACAUUCAUUUAGAUGAGAAAGGGCUUUUUCUAUAUGAAAUACUAAAAAUUAAAGUUUAGAUUAUAAAUUUCUUGCAAAGCCUCUUUCUCUUGCUGUAACUUGUUCAAAAACAUUUUACUAUGGUUUUGAAUUUUCUCCAAGAAGUGCUUACUUAUUAAGCGUAAUGAAGUAAGUACAUUGCCAAAUCCAGUAUAUUAUUGGAGACAAAUUAGAAUGGAUGUGUGUAACAUAGGAGAGAAAACAUGCAUAACUUAAACUAUCUGUUCUGGUCACAGCACUUGCCGCUGGGUAUGAGAAAAACUGCUUUUUAUACUCAACAAAGGCUUGGUUCUUCAGCAGCAGAAACUGCUAUGGCAAAAACAGCUAGGGAGAGCUUCAGCUGCACAUGUGGUUCUCUCUCAUCCAACUUCUCCCUCUUUGGAUUUUUGUCAAGGCUUGUGAAAAAUAGCCGCCAAUUUUGGAUGCUUGCCUCUUCAAAAGUUAUGAUUAAAUUCAGCGGGAAAUGUGCCAUACUUCCUGCCCAUGACUUCUAGGGAGAGGACCUGAAAAAAAUAUCUGUUAUUUAAAAUUCAUAAAUAUUGGGUCGAGUUUUUAAUUUUGAAAACUUAGACCACUACUUUCUGUGUCAUGACCAGGAUCCAAAGAGCUAUUUUAUAUGUGCCCAAGGCUGUGGGUGUGCCCAUUGAGAUUUUAAAUAGAUACACACCUGCCUUCUUCUUCACAAGCUCAUUUUGAAAUUCAUCCCAAUGUCAAAAGAGUUUUAACCAUGAGGCUUGGGUUGCUACUGCUUUCAGUGUGCGAAAUUAAUUGCACAAUUUUUUGAAUUGAGGCCUUAGCAACGAAAGCAUACCUGUGCUUUUAAAGCAGUCCUUUGCCAAUUAAUGUUAUGUUCCAAAACAAAACAAAAAAAGACAUCAGUGUAUGCUCAGUUGGUAGAGCAUGGGUCGUGGGUUCAAGCCCCACAUUGGGCAAAAGAUUUCUGCAUUGCAAGGGGUUGGAUUAGAUGACCUUUGUGGUCCCUUCCAACUCUACAACUCUAGGAUUCUAUGUUCUGAAAACUAGUUAUGUAUGAAGCACAAAGUGAAAAAUUCAAAUACAUUCUAUAGGGAGAGACAGAGAAAUAUGGGCCCAAGAUGCGGGGGGAAGAGGUCUCAGCUAGGGAUAGACAGUUUCAGUAGCAUCUUGGCUUAUCUUUAAUCUUGGCUGCAUCUUUAAUCUUCAUAGAUGGUGGUAAACUUUUUUUCAUUAAAACAAGUCAUCUUUUUAAAAUCUUCUGUAAGUUUUAAAGCUACUUUCUGUCACUAUUCUGAAUGCUAAAUUCUUGUCUAUAUUCUUGUCAGUUGACGAUAUAAAUUAAAAAUUCUCAUCUUUUAAGGGAUUUCAUAUAUAUUUACAUAUAUAUAUGGAGCCUGCUGUUCUUCACCCUCUAUGCAUCCGCAGUAUUAAUCAAUAUACGCCAUUUGGCACAGAACAUUUUUUCCAAUCUUUUUAUUAACUGACAUUUUUUAAACCUUUCAAGCAAUGGCACCAUUAAGGAGGAAGAAGAAGAUGAAGAAGAAGCAGAAGAGGAGGAGGAAGAAGAGGAAGAUGACAACAAUGACAACAAUGAGGAAGAAGAAGAAUUUGAGUGUUAUCCACCAGGCAUGAAAGUCCAAGUGCGGUAUGGACGAGGGAAAAAUCAAAAAAUGUAUGAAGCUAGUAUUAAAGAUUCUGAUAUUGAAGGUGGAGAAGUCCUUUACUUGGUGCACUACUGCGGAUGGAAUGUGAGGUAAUUGAGAUUUAGCUAGUGAUUACUACCUUAAAAAUACUUCUAAAAUACACUUGUGUGUUUUAAAGCACACUGAAUAUUGAAUUUUUUUCAAUAUUUCUGCUCUUUGGAGAUCAUUGUACUGUAUAAAAUUAUUUAUAUUAUAGGAUAUAACCACAGCAACUGAAUAGCAUAUAGAUCAAGAAGAAUAAUCUUGUUCGGACUCCUUUCUCAGCAUUAUUUUAAGUAGUACAUAACAGAGAAAUAGCUUAUGGCUCUGCUCAUCAUAUAGUAUUGGGCAACACACAGCUAGAUCUCUACACAUUUCUCAAAGUCUAGCAUGAAAAAGCAAAGCAUACAUUUUACCAUGAAGUAGAGGUGAGGUUUCAUUUGCAAUAACUGGAUUUCUAUCUGGAUGAUUGCAUGCAUGCAAGAAUCUAUCGUUCAUUUUCAGCACUUAAACCAGAUGACCAGCUUCUCUGAGCACCUAGGAGUCUUAUGUGCAUCUUUGUGGACAGUAAAUAGCUGACUUUCACUUGGCCAGACCUGGUUUCUUGUUACCAUAUGCUUCUAAAGAAGAUUCAUCUUGCCAUAGUUACUUGUGUCACUGAUUUUAUGUCUGAGCAUCUUCCUCUUAUUAUGGCUUGCUGCUGUAAUUUAGUGCUUUGGGGAAAUGGUGGGUUUAAUUUUUGCCCAAAAUGUUCUUGACGUCUUUUAUGCCAUUAAUUGAAUUUUCUACUCCAUGCAGUUCUCAAAUUGCUGCAUCCUCAGGCUCUUUCAAAAGUUUGUUUUAUGGAUAUGCGUUUUGCAAGGGCUUUUGUAACAGGCCCCAUAUUUCUCAUUUAAUACUCAUGUAGACCUUCUUAUCAUCUUUGCUUGCCAUUUGGAUCUGCAUUGCUUUUAUAGUUAUCUUUGUCUCGGAAGGUUGGAGAGAGGCCAUAUUAGACUUCUCUGAUGUUGGCAAAGUCAGCCAUCAUGAGUCAUAGUUGGAAACUCUUGUCAUGCUACCUUCUCUAUUUUCAUAAUGGAGCUGUGUUCAAUGAAGUCAUUGCUUAUUAGACAAAUAAGAGACUGCUAGUAAAGAUUUUGAAUUGUAGGAUUUUGUUUUUCUUUUUCUUGCAGUAUUUAGUUUCCUUAACUGUUGACUUGCUCACAUGUGUCUUCAAACCAAGUUGAGCAUGUAUUGCAAAAUAAUAAGAGUUUUGCCUUCUAUGUUCAAGUGUAAAUAGUGAAUACACAACAUAUGACUUGCAAACUGAUGUAAUGAACGUGUACAAAGCCUUUGUUUUUUUGUAUUUCAUUUCCUUUGAAAAGUAUGUAUAUUUUAGAUUACUCAAUCAACACUCUUUAUUUUUCCCUAGCAUUAGAAAGAAGUUGAAAUUUGAGCUCAGGCUUUACUUGCUUUAUUGUGAAAGAGAACUUUUAUUUAUAGGCUUUAGACUAUUUUUAUUUAUAAGAGAUCCAAGAGCAGCUAUAGUUAAGUUUUGAAAUGAUAUUGGUGUUAGUAUGUAGAAAUGAUAGAUUUGUGAGCGGUUGACUAUAAAGUCUCAAUUGUGGCUUGGGUGAUUCCUAUUGAAUGUAUUCCAGUUUGAAACUCUAGCUUUUGAGGGAAAGAUUGAGAUAAUACUUAUAAGGGCUAGAGAAUCCUCUUAAUUCAUGUGAUUGUUUAGUUACUGAAGGGUUUCUAUUAUGUAUAUUUAACUUUGAGUGUGACCCUUAGACCAUCAAUAGACCAUCAACAUAAAGCCACGUGACACUAGUUUAAAUUUCCCCUAGAGGUUGUGCCCUGAGGCUCUUGCUAAUUCCCUACAAGAAAUGCAAACCCUAAGUCUGUAGAUUGGACUUUUCCACCUCAGUAGAAAACAGAGUAGAACUUUUUGUCCUGAAAUCUAGGCAUACAAAAGCGUGUGUGUGUGUGUGUGUGUGUGUGUGAGAGAGAGAGAGAGAGAGAGAGAUAUCUUUGGUGGUUAUAUUUAGGGUGUGUGCGCCUAAUAAGUUGUUUUUUCAUUGCUUUUGCUGCUUCUUGUUCUUCAAAGCAAUUUAAUAAUAAAAACAUACCUUUGUGGUUCUCUGUAUCCUCCCUCCACGCUCCAACUCAAAAAAAGCAAUAGCAGAUAGAGAUGCCUUUCACAUCUGUCUUUCAACUAAUAAUAUAUCAUGUAUGCCUCACAUCAUAAUUGUAGACCCUUCACUGUUGGUUUGUAAUUCUAUAACCCUUGGACAGACUACAUAUGUUUACUGUACAUCAAUAUUUACACAGAUGAUUUAGGCUAGGGAUCCCAUGUGAUUUUAAGCAAAUCAAGGAAUUGUCAGUUUUGCAUAAUCAGAAUUAAAUUGCUACAGGACCUGAGAGAAUGAGUGGAGGGUCUACAUACAUUUGUGCAUUAAGAGACUAAGAAUGCUUAGGUGAGUAGAUAGUUAUUUUUAGGAGGUGCCAGCAAUAGGUGAAGGUUUGUUAUUUGGUGAUUGGAGUUGUUGGAAGGAAAGAGACAGCUAGGAGUUUCAGUUCUGUCAAUCAAAUGUAGACCCUGCAGUUUUCUUUUGUGGAAGAAAAUAGCAUUGAUUCAUAGCCUGACUCAUACAAUUUCUGUUUAGACACUUCUUUGAGGUAGGGAACUGUGGCCUUCAGCUUGAAACAGCUGUUAACUAUGUGUUCAACAGUGCUAGUGCUAACAAGGUGGCGACUCAUUCAUACUCUUUCUGCUGAAUUUUAAAUGUUAAGCCACUUUCAUUCUGUCUCCUGAGUUGGAUGAAUAUGACUGCCAGAAUUCUGUAUGAUAUGCUGUCAGUAAGUUAAAAUAAUGUAUUUAUGGUUCUUCUUCCUUUGAAUAUUUUAUUUUUCAUUUUGUAAGAGUUAGUCAAAGCAUAAGCUACAUUUAAUUGCCAUGAAAAGUUUCUGAGUUAUUUCAGAGUGAUUACUGAAGAUAACCAAGUAUGUGCUGCCUCCAGUAAUGGUGUUGGUAUGCCUCUGAACACCCAUUCCUAGGAAGUACAACUGCAGAGAGUGCUGUUGCUCUCAUGUCCUGCCUGCAGGCUUCCCAUGUGCUUUGGCCUACUACUGUGAGAACAGAAUACUGGACUAGAUGGGACUUUGUUCUGAUCCAGCAGGGCUCUUCUUAUGUGCUUAAAAAGUUAUUAUCUUAAAGGAUUUUUUAACCAAUACUUUUGAAUGUUAAUAAUAAUAAUUCUUAUUCUGGCCUUCAGAAUAAAACCUGUAAAUGGUUCAGUUCAUGAAGAUAAACUCCUGAUAUUAUUAAACUAUUAGUAAUGCUGAUUUUGUUAUUCUUACUCUCAAAAACCUGCUCCAUCAUGUAAAUCUGCUCAGUGGUCUUUAGCUUGAAUUGUCAGCUUUCCAUAUUCCAUGUUUAAAUAAUGGGGGUACUUCUGUGUCCCAGGAAACUGAACUAGAAUAUAAAGAGAUUUAGUAUAGUAUAGUGGCUUAGAAACUUAGCUUGAGCUCUGGAACUCUAAAGUAUUGAUUUUGUACCAGCUAUGAACUCAUUGGAUUGUCUUAAAGCAAGCUACUCACUCUCUUUGGGUUCUUCACACAUAACACUAUGGUUUAGUGCUGUAUGAAUGAGCCUCAACAAUCCCAAAGACUUACAUGCUCUCCCUCCACUCACAUAGGAAGGCUUCUACUGGUUUUAUUCAGUUACAAAGAAUCUCACCAGUGUUGUGUGCAAAGCAGGAAUCCUGCCUUAUAGUGGUUAGCUGCUGAACAAGCCAGAGUCAUUAACAACUAACCACUUUUCAUUUUAAGUCAGGAGGUUCUUUGAAACAAAAUAAAUUUAGUAGAAGCCCUCCUCCUGGCAAUGUGGGAGAGAGAGAAUGUGAGCUCUGUGCUUUGCUCAGGCUUAUUUCGACUCAUCCAUGUAUCUUUAAACCAUAGCAGUAUGUGGGAACACGGCCUUUGUUUCAGCCCCCCAGCUGCACUAUGGAGAUAAUAAUAAUUGCCCUGCCUUAAAAAGUUAUUACAAGGUUUUCAGUAAGAAUAUAUGUGAAACUCAAUACUUCAAAGUAAGGCAGGUAAAAGGUGCACCAGGGUCUUGGCAGAUCUCUGAUUUCUGGCUCAGAAUUGUUUAACUUCAGGGUUGUUGUUGUUUUUAUUAAAAAAAAAUCUGCUUUGGCUGGCUAAUCUCUAAGCCUCAAGGAUUCCUCAACUGCAAAAUGAGUAUUGCAGCUCUGCUGGACAGUUCUAGGGUUUGUUUGGAACCCUUAACCUGUAGUAACUCAUAUAUAGAUUUGUACUUGCAUCUGCCAGUUAUCCCAGUGAAAGACUUAUGAAGUGAAGUACAGUGGUGCCUCGCAAGACAAAAUUAAUCCGUUCCGCGAGUCUCUUCGCCUUGCGGUUUUUUCGUCUUGCGAAGCACGGCUAUUAGUGGCUAUUAACGGCUUAGCGGCUAUUAACGGCUUAGCGGCUUUAAGAAAAAGGAAACAAACUUGCAAGAACUCGCAAGACGUUUCGUCUUGCGAAGCAAGCCCAUAGGGAAAUUCGUCUUGCUGAACGACUCAAAAAACGCAAAACCCUUUCGUCUAGCGUGUUUUUCGUCUUGCGAGGCAUUCGUCUUGCGGGGCACCACUGUAGGUAUUUAUCCCACCUGAGCUAUCAGUUGCAUCAGGCCGUCAGCCAUUAUUUUGUUUCUGGCUCUGUUUGAUAGACCUUGGAGUUCUAGAGAAAAAAGCAUAUUAAUGCCAGGAAGUUGAAGAUUGCCCUCCUAUGUUUUUCAGGUACUCUGUAAAUGUUAGGUUAUUGUUGCUGUUGCUAUUCAUGUAAUAUCAUUUCUAGUGGAAAACAUGUAUUUCUACUUGUUGUUCCUGUAGACUUGGGGAAACUAAUCUGGACCCUCCAGGUACUAUUGGACUCCGAUUCCCAUCAUCUCUGACCAUCUGCCAUGUUGGCUGGGAUUGAUGGGAGUUGGUGUCCAACAAGAUCUGGAAGCACCAUGUUGGCUACCCCUGCUGAAGACCAUGCUUUGAAUAUCUCCCAAAAUGUAACAUUAUGUAUUUUAUUUCCUUGUAGGUAUGAUGAAUGGAUCAAAGCAGACAAGAUAGUGAGACCAGCUGACAAAAAUGUGCCAAAAAUAAAGCAUCGGAAGAAAAUAAAGGUAGUUGACUUUGGACUACUGCUGAAUAUAUUCAUAUGAAUAAGUGGAAGAGAAAAGACAACAUACUCAUUUAUGAUAGCAGCUGUUCUAGUUGGAGGGAAAUUCAGUGCCACAAGAAUGUUGUUUCAUAUUUACUUGUCAUUAUGUAUCUGAGUUAACAUAAUACUGUUGACUGUGAAGGACAAAGCCAGUCAUCCUAUAUCAGACCCAUAUUAUGUGUUUGGCAACUUAUUCAUCAAAACACAACAGUAGGCAGUGUGGUGUUUUUUUAUUGGCCCAGUGUUGCUUAGUUAGAUAACUGUUUGUUGGUUUGUUUGUUUGUUAUAUAGAUUGAUAUACUGCCUUUUAUCCAGUAUGGAACAUUCACAAUUUCCAAUAUCAUAGAGCUUUUUUCCUAGCAAAUAUGAGAAAUCCAUGAUAGAAAAAGUGCAAUUUAAUAAUGCAAACCCCCAGAUUCCAUUUAGGACUACACUGAGACUAUCUCCAGUGUCAUACAUAUAAUGAAGCUCUUCACUUACUUAUAGUCUUCACCCUGUUUUGAGAUACCCCUUGACGGGACCAAGAAUCAAUCACCUGGUUAGAUCAUCACCCAGAGAGUGAGCAGGACUCAGCAUGGGUCCUAAUAAUGCUCUGUCUUGGCAGGCUUGUAUCCAAUGAUGUCAUUCCGUAGACAAAGGGUUCAAUCAGUGGAACAAGGAGGAAAGCCAUUUUUGGUUAUUUCCCUUUUACACUGCAGGGCCCCUUCCUCUAAAUCUGCUCUGAAGGAUCCCCAAACCUCUGGAACAGAUUUAGAGGGUCUGGGUGGGGAUGGUGCCAAAGAACGCUUCCCUCUCCAUUCCACUGAUGGAAGCUUUAGUCAGCUGAGUGACACCAUUGGAUGCAACCCUCACAUUCUUAGCGUUCUGGAGGUUCAACACCAGGUUCAUUUAUGAGGAUGGAUGUUAAAAGCUUCUGCGCAGCAGCAGAACUGUUUCCAAAAUUUCAGAAGGUACACCCUCACCAAUUUCACUGGAAAGUGUGUAUAUGUGUCUAUGCACAUAUUUGGGAUUUGUAUUUUUCUUGUUUGUUUGUUGGCAGAAAUUCAUUAUCUAACAAAGAUAAAAUUCCACUUAUGGAACUCUUGUAGAAAGCUUAAUAUCUGCUCCAUUAGGCUUCCUUCUCCACAGCAUGUGUGAUACCUUUCCAGAGUUUUAUGCUCAAAACUCUUAAGAUAAAUAGUAUGGCUUAAUUAACUGAAUAUAUUUUUCUUAUACACUAGAAUAAAGCAGACAAAGAGAAAGAUGAAAAAUAUUCUCCUAAAACGUUUAAAUUGCGACGCUCAUCAAAACCACCUUUUCAUGCCAGUAUAUCACCUGAGAUGGCAUCCAAAUCAGACUGCGCUGAAGCCAAAACUUCUGAAACUGCUCCAAAUAAAUCUUCAGAGAUUAUUUCUAUCCUUAAUGGACUGCAAGGUAAUAGACACGUUACAGUUUAUUGUGCAAACAUUUUUCUAGUACUAGGGAAGGUACAGGCUUUAAACAGACCCUAGUCGCCUUUAGUGAAUAACCAUUUAGUGAAGAACCAUGUUCAGACAAGGAGACAAGAAAGCCUUGGUGAGCCUUGUCAAACUGCCAUUAAUAACUAACACAUGCACUCAUCUCUAAAUGUUUUCAUGUGGUGAUAUGUAUCAGUGUCAAGGGUAAUAUUUAUGCAAACACAUGUGUUUGAGAAUACGUGUUAAUAAUUAUUUAAUUUUUCCAUUGGUGGACUAGUAAAUUAUGUGGACACAUUUGUGAGGUUGAUGCUAAGAAACAAUCCAACACUAAAUGGAAAAUUGCACAGAAAAUAGCUAUUUCUUAUUACGUUUUUGGAAUUAGUUUGCAACUUUUUUGUACUGUGUGCAUAUGCUGCAUGCAUUGUGCAAUGAAGUAACCUUUUGUAUAAGGAUUAUCUGCAGUGGAGAUGCAGUCUUUAUUUCUUGGAGCAAAUACUUUUCUCUAAAUUUUCUGUUUUAUUUCUUUACAUUUCAUGGGUCGAACCCAAAGGUAAAAUGGAGCAAAUGUUGCUUAUUUUGCUGCAGUGAUCAAGGCAAUACUGACAUGUUUACUCCUACCACAUUAGCAUGAAUGUUUAGAAUUACAAUACUUGAGGAAAUUAUCUGUACUGAUGUAAUUUGUUUAAAUAUAGGGAUCUAGAAAUUAUUUCUCCAUCAUGGAAGUAUUGUUCUUAGCUUAGCACAAAAGCCAAAUUCAAUUAGUAUUGUGUGUAAGAUGUAGUGCAACACCUAGCGCCACUGCUAUUAUUAUUAUUAUUAGUCUCUGUGACACAUAAGCUUGUGUGUUGCGACUCACAUGAUAAUGUCAACUCUCAAACAUCUUGUGUUAACAUUAUGUUGGAUCUCACCCAAGGAGAGAACAGAAGGCAAAGAUAAGAGCUGAUAAAGAAGAAAGAGGGAAGCACAUUCAUGUAUUUUGAAAUCAAUAGUACUGGUGACUAGCUUAAGCAUGAUCAUUUGUUUACUUAGUACAAAGUAUGGAUAAGAAUCUAGGCUCAUUAAGAAACAGGAAAACUAUAGCAGGCCGGAGUAAGUAAUCAUGUCUUUGUGUGAGUGAGUUGCCCCCUCUUCUUUUUUGUUCUUUAGUUUCCUACCAUCUACAUUCAUCUGUUCCUAGUUUGUUCUAACAUUUCCCUUUUUUAUGGACAUCAACACAUUUUUGCUUUUCUGUCUGUUACUAGAUAUAGCAACUCACAUUUUAACUUUUUAUUUCAUUUCACCCACAUCCUAGUAGUUCCAUUCCUCCUUAAACAAACUUGUGGCUUCUAGUCUUGGGUCAGAAUCCAGCGAACUACUUUAGCUGAGCCCAAAGGCUUGUGUUUGCUGAAUGGAAUUAUUGGCUGAUUUUUCUGAACAGCCGCUCUCCAUGAAAAUCUUCGAAGUUUUAAAAGCCAUCUUGAUCAACAAGCUGCUGAUCAAGAAGAUAAAUAUAAAGUCCCCUUGGGCUCAUGCAAUUGAUUGCUCAGUUGUUUGAAUGUUGGACCUGGUCCCAUACAAUAUGGUAUCAAUCUGUUAUUUCUCACAAUGGAACCAUACUCUUUAUGUUGCUCCUUUAGGGAGUCUUCGUUCUCCUUUCCUUUCUAAUUCUACAGUCUUAGAACAUGUGGGAUUGAUUCACUUUUAUCCUCCAAAGAAUAUUGCAUUUCCUUUUUAAAGCCAUUUCUCUGAUAAAGCCUUUUGAAACCAUCCUCAUUUCCUUUUCAUCUCGUGCACUUUCCUUUGAGUCUGUUUCAUCAUUUGUAUUGCAAGUUACAAGCUAUCUUAGAUUGUUUGAGAAAAGAAUAUUUAUUUCUGUGGUGUUUGCGUAAAGGUUUUUAUUAAUUGUAUCUAAAGGUCCAGUUUGCAUUAAUAAACAUAAAAAGUAUGGUUUUUGAUGCAAAAACUUGUGGAGAAGCAGGAAUAAUAUUACUUUUUGCAAAAAAACCAACAACAACCCAUUGAAGUGUUCUCAUUCAUUGGUAAAACACAAGUUUUGUGUGCAGGAGUACCUGGGUUCAAUCUUCAGCAUCUUCAGUUAGGGCUGAGGAAGAGACCCCUGCCUGUAAACUUGGAGAAGUGUGUAAAUCAGUUUAGACAAUACUUAGCCAGAUGGACCAAUAUUCCAACUCUAUUACAGCUUCCAGUGUCCACUUAAAUGAUUUUUUUAAAAAAUAAAAAGAGGCUGAUGUUACACAACUGGAUUGAGGACUGGUAAGGUAUUUUAGCCCAGGCCCACACAGAGCAUGGAACAGCUGGGUACACUUGUCCAGGACCUCAGAGGGCUAAGCCAGCUGGGUGGGGGGUGGCGGGCCUGCCAGGGGCUGGCUGUACUUAUCAUGUUUGAGUUUAUAAUUUUAUUCUAACAAGACUCCUGCCCUGGGUCCUCAGACAAGAUCUGCAUGGGCCUGUUUCAGCGAGCGCCGAAACCCAGAAAUAACCCGUUCCAGUACUUCAGGGUUUCAGCGCGUCCAUAACCUGAAAACGCAUAACCCGAAGCGUCUGUAACCCGAGGUACCACUGUACUGCCCUUCAUCCAUAGAUCUCAGGGCAGUUCACAUCUUAAAAAUACAAGAUAUAAAAAAACAGAAUACACAAUAAAGACAAGAGCAAAAAGAAACCCAUAACCCACCCUCUCUCAAAAGAAUGCCGCAUGAGAGGAAACCCCAUGUAUUUCAUGCACAUUGCCAAACACGUGAUUAGCACUCUUACUUAUAUGUGAUUGCAUAUUAGGAGUAAAACCUAGGCAUCCCAUUCUCUCCAUCAGGUUAUCAGUGCUAUAAGAGAUGAGCAUGUAAUUUGUAUGCUUAACUGGGAAGAUUUUUGCAUGCAUCCAUAUGUGCAUCGUGCUCCUAUGAGUGAAGAUGUAUUUAUCAGGGCCUCAAUCACUUAAUAGAGUUCCAAAAUACAAUACAAGUUCCUUGGUAUAAUUACCCAGCAGCAUUGCAAAACAAGAACUCUUUGAUUUGCUUUUUACGAUUUUUGAAUGCCUAAUUUUAAUAGAUAUAAAGAUUUUGAAGCCUAAAACAAAUGUUUUUGCAUCAAUAUAAUUGUAAUAUAUCCAGAAAUAUAGUUAGGAUGAUGGUUUUUGCAUUUGAUUUUCUUGGUUCCUCCACCAGCUUCUGAAAGCUCUGAUGACAGCGAGCAAGAUGAUGACCAAAGUCCUCCAAGUGUUUAUAAUAAUGGUAAGGAAGAACCGCAAGAUGAGGCUUUGAGCCAAGGUAACAAUGAACUCUGUCCAAAAGAGCAGAACAGCUUGCCCUUUCCAGAAGAGGUCAAAUCCCUUUCAGAUGCCACAGCAUCCAAACCAGCAUCCAAAUCUCCGGAAAGACUACGAAAAGAAUUGGCAGAACUAUCUGAUGAUACUGAUUAUGAGGGAGAGAACGAAGCCACCAAGAAGAAGAAAGAUGUCAAGAAAGAGGCAGUGGAUAAAACAAAACCCCCAGUGAAACGUGGAAAACGAAGAUAUUGUGUCCCAGAGGAAUGUGUAAAAACUGGGUCACCUAAUAUCAAGGAUGAAAAAUCAAAUGGCAAAGACAUGUUAAGUUUGGAAAACAGUAGCAACAGCUCUUCAGAUGAAGAUGAGGGGAAAACUAAAUUAAAAAUAACACCAACCAAGAAGUACAAUGGUUUGGAUGAGAAGAGGAAAUCCUUACGGACAAAUGCUUUUUAUUCAGGUUUCUCUGAAGUGGCAGAGAAGAGAGUAAAACUUCUAACUAACUCUGACGAAAGGCUUCAAAAUACCAGAGCUAAAGAUCGAAAAGAUGUCUGGUCGAGUAUUCAGGGGCAGUGGCCUAAAAAAACCCUCAAGGAGCUUUUUUCAGACUCUGACACAGAGGCAGCAGCUUCUCCGCCACAUGUGUCUUCCGAGGAUGCUCCACCGGAGCAACACCUGCAAACUCUCGUAGAAGAGACUUCUUUUCCCAGUUCUAAAUCUGAAAGACCGUUGCCACUCAGCACAGAAAUGAGACCUGUUGAGGAGAAGCCAGCUGAAACGAAUGACAAAAAAGUUGAAUUCCCAAGCAGUGGCAGUAAUUCCGUACUAAACACCCCUCCCACAACACCUGAAUCGCCCCCGUCUGUAACAGUAGCAGAAUCCAGCAGACAUCAGUCCAGCGCGUCUGUGUCUGAACCACUGGCACCAAAUCAAGAAGAGGUACGAAGCAUCAAGAGUGAAACGGAUAGCACAAUUGAGGUGGACAGUGUUGUAGGGGAACUGCAGGACCUGCAGUCUGAAGGAAAUAUAUCUCCUACAGGCUUUGAUGCCAGUGUCAGCUCCAGCAGCAGCAAUCAACCAGAACACGCUGAGAAAGGUAUAAACAUUGUGCCGUUUAGCUUUUAUCACUUUUCCAAAUUCGUUAUUAAUGUGUUGAGUUCCAAGGUUUCUGUCUGUCUUCAAGAUGUCUUAAAUCUCUGUGAAAACUGUACUGUUCAGAAAAUGGAAUAUAAUUAUCAGUGGGUUGGACCCAAGGCUUCCCUUCUGGGAACAGAUUCAGCCCCAUAUCUUUUAGAGUUGAAAGAAUGCAUCUUAUUAUUUAAAAUGAGAGAUGUUAGGAAUCUGAUAUUAAUACUGAACUAUGUCAAUGUGCCAUUAUUCUUUGCACAAGUUUAUCUCACAAAUGAGAAUGAAAAUAUUUUGUUAUCUCAAAAGUUAUCCGGAAAAUGUAAUUGAAUGGCUACAGUCUAAUAGAUUAUAUGGUCUAGUAGAUUAUAGUUGACCAUGGGAUCUAACAAAAUUGUUUUGAAUUUCAGUACAGUAUUAACUACAGUACAAUAUUUAUAUAUUUUGCUAAAGAAUGGUGCAGCUGGCUGAAGAGGACAUCAGACUGCACAUUUGAUCUUCUUUAUCCACUUGUCACUGCCAACCAAUCCUGGUUUGCUCUACAGCAUUCUUCCAUUUCUGCUCUGUUCAUGUUAUCUGUUGUUCAGCAUAGUAGCUUUACAUGUCCUGUGAAAUGUAGAUUACUGUCUUUAGAAACUAGGAUAAAAUUGUCUCAGACUUAGUUAGAUUACUAGACAGUUGAAAAUAACUAAAUCUUUCAAAAACGUACAAGCAUGAUUAAUGUUCCUAUUCUAUUAAAUUUCAUCCCUAGUAUGGUAGGCUUUUUAUUGCAGGAGUAGUGCAUAUUUUUUCACAUUUUCUAAAGGGAUUUCUAAAUUAAGAGUGGCCAUUACUUUAUCAUUCUAUUAAAUUGAGCAGACUGUUGCUUGAAAGUUUAUUUUAAUAACACAUGUCUUGUUUUUUCUUCUCUCAGUUUUAAAGAAUCAUUUAACAAAAUCCUUGCUUUGAAUAAAUCAGAAUAUCUACCAUUCAUAUUUUCUAUAGCUGGGACCCAAAAAAGGGAUAUGGCUGUGCAGGAAAGGACCACACACACAGCUGCAACUUCACAUCCUGCUUUUGCCACAUUAGUUUCCACUGCCUUAGAGGCAAGAUGCUUUCUAAACUGAACAGUGGUUUGCCUCUUCAGUAGCAACUGCUGAGACAAAAGCAGCAAGCAAAGCUCAGGUUGUGCGUGCGGUUUUUCCCCACAUGGGUAUGUCUCUUCUUUGGUCUAGGCCUACUUACUUUAGAGAAUUUGCAUUGAAGCAGGAAGCAGAUAUUUUAAGUUAAUUCCACUUCAUUGUUUAAAAAGUAAACAUUGGUGUCUCUGGUAUGUAAAAUACAUUGUGUAAUAUCUUGUUCUUGCUAUUAUUUUACUAAAGCUUGUCCUGGCCAAAAAAGGCUCAAAGAUGUCCAGGGAGGUGGUUCCUCAAAAAAGCAAAAAAGAAGUCACAAAGCAUCUGUGGUGAACAACAAAAAGAAAAGCAAACGUAAGUAUAGCAAACUUCAGCUUCAAACUUUAGAAAAUGUAUUUGCAACAGUUUUGGGCCUGCUUUUGGGUCAAACCUUAAUAUCAUUCAUGUUUCUCACAACUGAAUGCAUUUUGCAUUGUUGUUGGAAUGAAGAAGUUAUAGAAUCUGUACAUACAAAAAAAAAAAUCUGUACACCCCCCCCCAAUGAGUUCUCAUAAGUGAUAAGGGCUGCCUAACCCAUAUAAAAUUGUGGAAUUCCUUGCCCUCUGGCACCAGGGCCAGGUACCACUCAUCUCUAUGGAAACAAGUGUUACGUUUUCUCUUCCAGUUACCUGUUUUAAACUGCCAUUCUGUUUUUAUUGGAAGAUUGCAGCCAGAUUGUCUGCGUCAAGAUUAGUUUUACCCCGCAGUAAGAGCUGCGUCUUAUAUUUGGAAACAAACAUUCAAAGGGGUGCUGAGAUUUUUAGGAAUAUGCUAAACCUGUAUUUCCUAUGUGUUUCUUCAGCAAACAGCAGUGAUAGUGAAGAACUUUCUGCUGGAGAAAGUAUCAUCAAAUCUCAGCCAGCAAAAUCAGUUCCUGCAGCAAUGAAGUCUCAGAAUACCAAAUCUCCAGCAAGAACACAGUCUCCAGGAAAGUGUGGCAAAAAUGGAGAGAAGGAGUCUGAUCUCAAGGAACAGAACAAUCGCUUGCCAAAACUUUACAAAUGGAGUUUUCAGAUGUGUAAGUAUGGAUUUCUUGUUGCUGUGCCUGCACUUUUGAAUGAGUACCUUCUUCAACCCCAAGGUUGUUGGAGGGGCAAGGGAAUGACCCAUUAGCCUGUUUUGCAACAAAGGCAAAGACGUUUGUAGUAUUUUAAAGACUUAAGAGAUUUAUUAUAGCAUAAACUUUCAUGUUGCAUCUAAUGAAGCAGACUCUUUGCCUUGAAAUCUUAGGGCAAAAUAAAUACACAUAGGUGGUUGGUUGGUUGGUUGGUUGGUUGGUUGGUUGGUUGGUUGGUUUUUGUGGGUGGUGAUUAUUUGAUUCCUCGUGGCAGUAGCUACUGAUACAAGAAUAACCUUGAUAAGUAGACUCAUCCAGUCUUCCCAGUUUUCUAUAAAGAAUCAUUUAUUUCUUAACACUGCCUGACUUUUAUUUAAUUAAAUCUAGAAUUUGUAUAAUGCUAUAAAUUUGUUGCAUCUCCUUCAGUUUUGGUCUAUCCCUCAUUUUGUGUUAUUUUUCAUAAGGUGGAAGAAUUAAAAUUUUGCAUUGAGCUAAUGAAUGUUGCUUUCUCUGCAGCUGAGCUAGAAAAUAUGAGCAGCACAGAGCGCAUAGCAAUCCUACAAGAAAAGUUACAAGAAAUCAGGAAACAUUACUUGUCUUUAAAAUCUGAAGUAGCUUCCAUUGACAGAAGAAGAAAGCGUUUGAAGAAAAAAGAGCGGGAAAGUAAGUAAUUAGGUCUUGAACAUGUUGACGAAGUUAGAAUUUGACUGUUGGGUGUCUCUUAAAAUAUUAGGUAUUAUUUUGUGAGUAUUAAGGGACCAUUUCAAUCUUAUCCUAAUCUGAGCCUGAAUGCUGUCCCUUGCUUCUCACAUUGUUAUUUUUGACAUGCUCAGUGGCUGCCUCUUUGAUUCUGUACUUGAGCAAAGAUAAAAAACAAAAUCAAACCAGUGCAAAGUAAAAAACGGGGGCAUUAAUAAAGCUCAUGCUCAUCCCUUCUCUAUGGGCAGGCAUUGUAAAAGAAGAGUGCAGGAAUUGCUCCAUGUAGACCUCUUUCCCAUCCAGUGUACAUUAAAAUAAUCACAAGGAAGCAAACACGUUUGUGAGAAAGUUAGGAUUAUCUCAUUGCAACCGCUCAAUCCACAAGUGCUACCUGAUUGUACUGUUUAUUAGGCCAGGAGGAGCAGCUGGCAAACUGAUCUAUAUAAUGAUGAUGCACAAAAAGGACUUAUUACAAAGCAACAGUGUGAGCCUAUGUAUAGUGUGUGAUGGGAAGUGGAUCUUUAGAUCAUAUUUUCCUUUCCCUUGCUGCUUGUCCUCCUUCAAAUGUAAUGUCUAAACUGGGAGAUAAUGCAGUUAUUGGAACAUGGGACAUGCCUCACCCAGCAGUCUUAAACUCAUCUGGAAAAUUAACUCUGAAGCAAGUAAAACUACUAUGUUUCAGACAAAUACCCCAAACCUAAGUGCACCAACAUGGAAGCAAGUCCCUUUCAUUUCAGUGACAUUUACUAUUUCACUUAAGAUCAAAGGCAAAAUCCUUCCAAAAUACAAGAUGGGCAAAUUGGUAAUCCUGGUUGGGCUUCUGUUGCAAGACUGGGCUUCAUAGAGCUCUUUUUCAAUGCAAAAAUGAACUUGGUAACAGAAGUGAAUCCAUUAAAAUGAAGUAUACCUUCUUAAAUUGUGUCAAUCUGUGUGCACCAAAGUGAAGUGAAGCUACAGUCUUACCCACUUCCCUGUGACUAAGCCCCACUGAAAUCCAGGGGACUUACUUCAGUAUAAACUUUUAUAUGAUUGUGCUGUAAAUGCCCUUAAGAUUGCUUAAUAAAGCAACACGUAUCACUGAAGAGACGACCACAACUAUAAAAGCACUCAGGAGGUAGUUACAAAAUGCCGAUAUAUGCCCUAAAUGUUAUUUGAUUUCUGUAACUAUUCUUAUCAGCGAGUAUUUAAUUUUUUGCUCUUCAUUACAGGUGCUGCUACCACGUCGUCAUCCUCUUCCUCGCCUUCUUCCAGUUCCAUUACAGCAGCAGUUAUGUUAAGUUUAGCAGAUCCACCCAUGUCGAGUUCAUCACAGAAUGGAAUGUCAGUUGAGUGCAGGUGACAGCAAGACUUGCCUAAGCACUUUGCACUUAAUGGCUGCUGAGGGCCACUUUUUAUACUGCACAGUGGCACAAAAUUCAGACAAGCACUAUUUUGUAUUUAAAUUUUUUCUUGACAAGCUAACUUUGCACUUAAGUGCACUUUUUUUGAAGAAAAAGUACAACAAACUGCUUUUCCUCAAGCAAUAAUUGUUUCCAACUUGUCUGGGAAUUGUGUGGUGAGUUGAAGGCCUUCCACUGUGGCAAAUGAAGGCUGUUCACUGCCAGUAGAAUGGAUACGGUAAGCAUACAGUUGUUGGGUAGGCCUAAUUAAUGUGUUAAAAGUGGCUUACUGUUCACCUAUUCCCUGGUAUUUUGUUAAAGCUGGAGCAUUUGAUAUUUUUCCAUUAUUUAGGAAAAAUGAACCUAUUUUCAUUUUUACAAGACAAUUGUUUUUUAACUAAGUCACCUUAUGGUGGCUAUAACUGUACAAGUCAAGCACAUGUAAUUUAAUUCCAAACCUGCCAUCAAUAGGAUGUUUCUCAUCAGACCUGAUAACCAAAUAUAAGGAUUCUGUUUAAAAGGCUUACUAAUGUUUACAGGUUUGAAUUAGGCUAAAUAGGUUACUGUGGGGUUUUAAAUAACCCAGGAAUUGGAAUGAAACUACUGUACUUUGCCAUUUUUCUAUGAAUCAGUAUUUUUUUUAAUUUUGAUAAAAAUACAUUGUGAAAAAAAGAAGAAAAUGGCUAACAAACUGUAUUAAAUCUUAAUGUAUAAAGAUUGUAUUUAGCCAGUUUAAAGUGUAUAUUUAUUCAUAAUGAAUUAUAACACUUAUAUUUUUGUGUUUUCUUGUAAAAGUUUCUUUUCAGUUAAAGCAACAAAUAUUUCAUUUGUAAUGCUUAUUUUAUUAUGAGCUACAACUGAGAGGUCUUCAAGAAGGAGUAAACUGUGUUAAUAUUAUACAUGGGUGUCGAGAAGAACAUUGCCACAGAAGGGAUAGUUGUUUAUAAUAUAAAUAGCUAACUGAGUGGUAGAUACUUUUUUUUUUUAAUUGCCUUGUACAAAACCCCAAAUCAACUCAACUGUUUUCACUUCUAUUGACUUUAUGUUGUAUGGAUCCCAAGCCCUCUCUCGGUUGGCACUUGUAUUUAAUUACACAACUUUGUAAGACAUUUGUAUAUUGCGGAGUGUUCAUUCAAGCUAUUUAAUACCUGGCACUGUUAAUACACAGUACUUUAUUGUACAGAUUGUUUUACUGUUUUAAUUGUAGUUCUGUGUACUUUUUUUGGCUGGGCUUAUGGGGGCUGGCAUGUUUUUCUUUUUUUGUUUUAUUUCUUUUUCUGGCAAUACAACAUGUAAGAAUUUCAAACCUUCUGUUUGUAGAUGCUAGAGUGUCAGAAUCUUUACAUUCGACUUUUCUAAGAAAAGCAUUUUCAGUCUUAGUAGUGUGUGCUUAAAAGGUAACUGAUUUUAUUGAAAAUGGUUUCAAGCUAUUCAGAUAUGUACAGGACUGUAAAAAAUUGUUGACAAACAUUGAAGGAAAGACAUAUAAAGAAAAGCUAUAAAAUAUAUAUUAGGUUCUGCAGACAAUGGAAUUAUGUAAUAUAUUGUAUAAAUGUAAGCAAAGGCCUCCGAAAUAAAAUGCCAUAGUUUGUGAAUAUU